GAAGAAUCGCAUGAAAUUUGUGCUUGCUGGGAGGGUGGCGAGUUUGACCUGUUACCAGUCAUGAGUGUAUGGUCACUUGCAAUGUUUCCGCUCUUGGCCUUUUGUUUGUUUUUGCUUGCAAUCCAUCAUAUUCGAACUGUGAUGUUUUCAGAGAAUUGUGGAGUUGGAAGGGACCCUGAGGGGGUCAUCCAGUCCAACCCCCUGCAAUGAAGGAACCUUUUGCCUCAUGUGGGACUCGAACGCACGACCCUGAGACUAAGAGCUUCAUGCUCUCCCAUGCCAUCUUGUGCCUAAGAGUAAUAAAAUAAUAAUAAUAAUAAUAAUAAUAAUAAUAAUAAUAAUAAUAAUAAUAAUAUUUUGCAGAUUGAAAGCUGUGCAGGGGAGAGACCUGCACCUCCUAGCUGGCAAAGGGCGCGGCGCUCUUCGCCUCUCUCGCGCGGUUAGGGCAAGGAGCAGAAAAGUACUUUGCAGCUUUUCGGCUGUUGCUGCUGCUUUUCUUUUUGUCGGCAAAAACAAAUGUGACUGGGUGAGGGAGGGAGGGAGAGAGAGCCCGACGAGCUGCAGAAACGCCUUCCCCUUUAAACCCGCCCUCUGCUGCUCACUCGGAGAGCUCGCGCCUCCUCACUCGCACAACGGGCUCCUCGGGUGCUGCAAGCGCCGCGCCUCGCUUUCCGCGCGCGCCCAGCAGCCGCUUCUUGCGCGGCCGGGACGGCGACGGCGGCUGCGCGCCCCGGCGCCCCUCGGCUCCCUCAGCGCGGAGAGGAGAAGCAGGGCAAGGUGGCGAGGAUGCUCCCCGCCGCCAAGCAGUUGCUCCGGGGCUGCAGGAGAAGGUGGCGAGCGCCUCAGCCCCUGGUGCUCCUCGCCGCUCCUCUGAGAAGGGAGAGCGGCGGCUUUCUCCCGGCGGACCGGCUGCAGGUGAGUGGCGGACACGGCUGGCCCGCCGGCGCAGGCGGCGACCCCGUCGCUCGCUGCUUCCUCCUCCUUUCUUGGCUCAGGCCUGAGGAAAGAAACUUCUUAGCGCACGCGCCACCCGCUCCUUCCUCGGCAAGGCAAGGCAGGGCGAGGCGGGCGCUUGCCCGGCUUUGGCCGUCUGUUGCUCCACAGCCUUCCUGCCUUGCUGGAACUUCGCCCGCCCGCCCGCCCGCCCGCGGGGACACGCCCGCGAGACGGCGAAGUAUAAAGUUGCAGCUGGCUGUGGAGCUGGGCGGGGAAGAGAGGAAGGAGCCGCCUGCCUCCUCCGCCUUGGUCUCUGUCGUCUUGAGUUUUAGGCUGUAAUCGUGUUUUCCGGCUUGGGGGCGAGGGAGGAUGCUUACAUUAAUAGGGUGGGGUGGCGGGGUAGGGAAGGGUUCCCCCACCCCCACCCCCUUUCUCGAAGUUUACUGUCACUGCUUUGGAUCCCUUUUGCUGAUCAGAUCCAUCUGCGUGCAAACUCAGGAGGAGGAGGAGGAGGUCCCCAGGCCGACUCCAAAGAGAGGGAAUAUGUAAGCAAGUCCCAUUUUUAAGUCCCACAAAUAAGUGCAUUAAAUUUGUUGUUAGCCCAGUUUUCUGAAUUGGGAAGGGCGGGGUAUAUAUAUUUUUUAAAUUAUUAUUAUUUAGAGCAAAAGCAAGAAGCCAGACACUUGAAUGCUUGUUAACCUAUGGUGUAAGCUUCCACAUGAUUUACACAUUCUGAUCCUAGGUGUAUUUACAUGGCAGUAAAUCCUGCUGCGUUCAGUGAUACUGUCUUCCUUGGAAAUCCUUUUUUUUUUUUUUUGUAGACUUGAGUGCUGUGAACUGGGAAUGUUGCUACUGUCGGAAGAAGGUUACAUGCAUGCUCAGUCAUAAAUAAGAGAGCCUAUGUGUACAUGCUGUGGGGGUUUUAUUCUCUGAGUCGCCAAUGGGAUUUCAGUCCUUAGGUAUUAAUAGCUCAUUAAUCGCCCAUUCACUAAAACCAUUUUAAAGCACUAAUGGCGUCCCGAGUCCUAUCCUGCCUUGUUGGAAUAUGUGCACCUUGCAAAAUGUCAGAGGAAGGCAACCUUACUACAUUGACUGUGAACAUUAAAGAGAGGCUGCAAAGUGCUAGCCUACCAACGAUAUCUCAGAGUGCUCUUCUGUAAUCCUAGAAGACUCAGUGUUAAUCAUUCUCCUGCACAGUUGUGUUUCAUUAUUAGGAAGCCUGUGGGGAUGGUCCCAUAGGAGACACCAAUUAGUUCAGCUAGCUGAAGCAGUGGUAGGUAGCUUCUUAUUCUUUUCACCUUGCCUGUCACUCUUUUUCAUACCUUACAUUACAGGUUGUCGAACAGGCUUCCUAGUGGUCUGUGCCUCGAGAGAGAAAGAGAAAAAGGUGUUGGUGCAACAAAUAAUAUAGUAUUAAAUUAGUAUGGAAGUUAGUGCUUGCUACCCAGACCCCAGCACCAGUAUUACAUAGAAAUCUAAGGUAUAUAUAGGUAAUUGAUACUCUGUGUGCUUUCCUUAAGAUAAGAGUUUUGUGAAUCGCAAAAGUUGCUGACAGAUGUUUAGCCACCAGCUUUUUUAUAUCUGUGCAGCUAGUGGCUUUUCAUUCCUUGCCAAACCUUUAUACAGGAGUAAAGGAUUUCUCUCUUUGGGAGCCUCUAGGCAUAUCUGAGACAAAUGCAUUUGGCAGGAGUUAUUGCAUUGUUCAGGGAAAACAGGGAUGAUAGGAGUCGGUUUCUUGUUGCUUGGAGGCAAAGUCUUCCCCUAUGACAGGCAAAACAAAGAAGGUCUUCAAAAUCCGGAGUUGAAAGCCAUGACCUCCCAGCACUUUUCUUCUUCUUAACUUGUCCUAGUUCUGAAAGGGUAAUGAAUCAUCCAUGGAAAGCGUUUUAAAUAACACUUGAUUUAGCACAGCUGCACGCUUUUUGGGUUGAGUCUGGCACAGAGACAAUGUUGUUUGGAAAACAGAAAAUUUGCAUAGAAAUGAAUCCUGGAAAUAAAUAUGAGCUUGAUAAAUCGACAGGGUUUGGUAAACCUGUCAUUUGCAAGUGCCUGCUUUUAGAUACUGCAAAGCGUUUGUCUUCAUUACCAUAAUUUCUGGAACUUUUAGGGCACAUAUCCCUGUAACACAAAUCAUUUAUAUUUGAUGGACAGCGCAGUAGCAAUGUAGACAAGCAGUUCUAAUAUUCCACCCCAUCUCAUUUUGUGUACUGUACAGUUAUAGUUAAGUGAAUCAUAACUAUUCAUUUACUUCUUAAUGUGUACCAUGUGGCAAGGUUAUCAGUAACUUCGGUUUUACUCCCUUGGAAAAUGGAAGCUUGAGCAUUGUUUGGCAUCGCUUCUAGUAAACACCUUUUCAUAGAUUUGUAUUCAGAGACACUUGCUUAAAAAUAUGCUGUGGGAAUGCCAAGGGGCCUUGACGGUGCAGGGUAUAAAUCUUUAAAACAAUAAAGUUCUUCAUCAAGUGGUUGUAUUGCUGCCUCCCAUAUUGAGGGCCUCUGAGAUGACUAUAAAUCUGCUUCAUUGUCUUGCAAGACAGAUUAUUUAAAAACCAUCUGUAGUAUUCCUAUAGAGAAGAUUAUGUGCUUGGUUUGCAAUUGUGUCCAUAAUAUUGUGUCAAAGUGCAUAGGGUAUAUAAAAAGCUGCAUGCAUGAAAAAUAAGAUUGUGGUGGUGUUUUACUGUAUAUGCUGUAAUUGAAAGUUAAAACUUAAAAUUGUAAAUAAUAGCAAAAUAUAACCAACAGUUGCAUUAAUCCUCUGUCAUGGUUAAUGCUAGCAAUCCACUUUUCUAAUUUGACACAAACGUCUGCAGCAAAUCCAUUUUCAAACUAUUAUGCUAGAUUUGGAACCAUUAAAUGUGCUAUUACUGAGUUGCAAAUGGGAUUUGGAAAAACAGAACCUGUACUAGAUCUAAUAUUCAACAAAGUGCUUCUGGUAGUGACAUUGGCUGUUCAGUGGAACUCCUCCAACUUUUCUCUUUGUGCACCCUUAAAUCUGUUCUGGGGGUUCCUCCAAUCAUCUGGAGCAGAUUCAGGGGUGCCAUGGGAAAAGAAGAGGGAGAAGACAUUCCUUUGUGUGGAAAUCCUUGUGAUAAUGAAAACAUUUCAUUAGAUACUGCCCUUGGUGAUUUUGCAUUAUACCCAAAAGCACAUGCAGAAAUUGACAAUUAUGUUUAACCUUUUGAUAUUGCUUUGGAAACAGUUGCUUAAAUUUGAUAUCCCAAAUUUUUGAUUGCAUAAUCCUCCCUCUCCCUCAGCUUGGUGGAAGGGAGAAGUUUGGCUUAAAUGGUUUGCCCAUUUCCAUGUAGAUUGCACAGCCUAUGCUGAUUCCACUGCUAUUUCUUUUAGCCAAGUGUGUGUUGGGUAGAUGGGGAAGAUGUGGCAGAACAAGAAAGAAGUACAGAAUUAAAUAUCAGGUGCAAGUGGGUUGUAUUGCAUGAAUCAAUCAAUUCAUGAAUCAAUCAGACCCUCUUCCCUUUUGUGGAUCUGCCCUGGCCCACUUUGCCUAAAAUGGUAGAUUUAUAUUACUUUCCUCCUACAUAAUCAUUAUUACUUUCAGCCCCUCUCAGGAAAGCUCCAUGUGGAACUAGGAAUUUUGAGGAUCCAAAAUUAUUUUAAAACUAGAGCAAGGAAGCCUUCACAAGAUCAAGUCCCAAAUUCUUCUUCAUUUUGCCUAAAGGUGUAUAAUUAAAACACCAGCAGAACCUUCUGGGGAGAACAUUGCACAAAUGGGGAGCUGAUGCAGAAAAGGCCUGUUUCUCAUGUUGCCACCCUCUGGACUUCUGUUGAGGAGGCAUACGAAGAAGGGCCUCAGAGGAUGAUCUUAGGGUUAGGGUAGGUUCAUAUGGAGAGAGGCGGUCCUUGAGGUAUUGCAGUCCUGAGCUUACCUCACAUCAUUGUUAGGGGCGUGGGUCCCCUAAAACUAGAAAGCAAGUUAUAAGAACAGUGAUACUGUCAAUUACCCAACCAAUUCAGCCUGAUUCCUAAAGGAAACCUGACAUGGAAUUGCUUCGUGCACUUGCAAGCAUUCCUCUUAAUCCUUAAACACAAUAAAGCACAUUUUUCAAAGGCAUGUAAACCAGCUUGACUGCAUUUCCUCUGUAGCUGAAGCAGGAGAAUGUCUAAGUCUAACGGGUAGUGGAACAGAUUCCCAGACUUGCAGAGGCAAGGGAAAAAAUCCAUAAUACAGUAUAUAUGGUGUGCCACUACAGAGGAAAUAAUAGGUGCUUCUCCCAUUAUCCCUGACCAUUGAUGAUACUUGGCUGGGGCUGAUUGAAUCCAACUUGUUUACUGCCAACAAACAACGAUCUGGAGGUUUGAAGCCCUUCAUUACUCUUCCUUAGUCAUGAUUUGUUUAGCUAUUCUGUUGGGUAGUUACUAAGCUUCGAAAACAUGAGGCAAGAAAAACGAAACAAACUUUACAGAUACAAGCUAUGGCUUGUUUGUUUAUCUGUGGGAUAAUCUAGGGUGAACUCAUGGUUAAACCACAGAGCCUAGGGCUUGCUGAUCAGAAGGUCGGCGGUUCGAAUCCCCGCGACAGGGUGAGCUCCCGUUGCUCGGUCCCUGCUCCUGCCAACCUAGCAGUUCGAAAGCACAUCAAAGUGCAAGCAGAUAAAUAGGUACCGCUCCGGCGGGAAGGUAAAUGGCGUUUCCGUGUGCUGCUCUGAUUCGCCAGAAGCAGCUUAGUCAUGCUGGCCACAUGACCCGGAAACUGUACUCCGGCUCCCUCGGCCAGUAAAGAGAGAUGAGCGUCGCAACCCCAGAGUCGUCUGUGACUGGACCUAACGGUAGGGGUCCUUUUACCUUUACCAUGGUUUGUUAAACCAUAGCUUAAGCAAACCAUGACCCAGGGUUAUGUGUGAACCAGGUCUUGAGACAGAGCAGUAAAAAUAACAGCACCAGAAGAUAGCCACAAGGAAUGACAGUAUUAUUGAAGUGAAGAAAUAAGUAUAAAGCUGCAAGGAAAUGAGCAUUUGUGAAAGGUUGCUUAAGUCUUUGUUUUUUAUAUCGAUGUUGUAUAAAUAUAUAACACAAAUGCUGCACAAUGAGAGAUCACAUUUCUACUUCUAAGGUUUUUGGUUUUUUUUUAAAAAAAGCAACCAAACAAACAAACAAACAAAUAACUGCGGUUGUGCUCAGAAUCUUAACAAUGGCCUUGGCUUUAAUUCUCUUCUUCCACAUUCUUUUCUUCCACAUUCAAUUGAAGGGGGGAAAGUGUGUUGAGUGAUUUUUGGAGGUUUUAAGAACCUGACACUCAGUGAUCAAAGUGAAAGAUUGAAGAUAGAAACAUAACAUAACAAACCCAAGACAUGCUUCAACUUUCUACUUCCAAAAUUAUACAUAUCAUUAGCAAAGAAGUUUGAGAGCAUUGUACCAGACAUCCAGUAUAUUUGACAGCAAUAUUGUAUUUUCAAGCUAAUGGGCAUCACGCAUUCUUUCAGCUGAAGUUUACGCCUCCCUACCUUCUAUGAUAACAUACAGUAAUGCCAGUUCCUUGCGGCAAACUUGGGACCCAGCCUUUAAAAUUCUCAUUCGAUAUCCUCAAUCUGUCUGCUUUCUGGAGCAAUCAAACCGCCCCCCCAUCUCAGAUCGAGACUACGUAGAAUUUUCUUCAAAAUCGGGACUGAAACUCACUCCAAACUAUGGUUUCACAUUUUGCAUUUAAAGGAGAUCCUGGUUAAGCAUACCUGUAAUUAAUAGUGCUGAUGCCAGCUUUAUGUAUAUAAAUAUCUAUAUGUCUCCUUUAUGGGCUAACCCUCCUAAGAGUGCUUGCAUCGUAGUGAUACAGAAACCAUUCUUAAAAUAUUGGGCAUCUCAUAGGCCUCUGGUUGGCCACUGUAAGAAUAAAGUACUGGCUGAGAUGGACCUUUAUCCUGAUCCAGCAGGAUAAAGGGGGGCGGGGGUGAGGAGAUUUCACCCCUCCCAUAUCCAAGAAUCUCCUGAGGAGUCUGCUGAUUCUCCAGAGAGGAGGAGGCGUGUUCUGCUCUCUACUUAUUCUGCUCCAGCACUGAGUCAGUCAGUCAGUCAGUGUCGGAGAGAGAGAGAGAGACUGAGUGUUAGAGAUCGUGUGUAGAGAUAAGGUUGCUGCUAAGAGCAGCUGCAGACACUCAGUGCAGUGUAGCAUUUAUUUAUGCUUAGACCUAUUUAGCUCUGUAUAUAGUUGUAUAAUAGUUGUAGAUAGAAUAAAGAAGAUAUUCUACAGAGCUGCUCUCCGAGUUGUUUAUAUACUCUGCUAGACUCUUCUGUACUCUGCUGUGCGACGACUGUCUUCUUGUUGGAGUGAAUCCGGUGCUCACAACUCUAAGCUGUGAGUCCACAGCACUUUGACCUGUUCCUGUGCAGAAGGUGGUCUCUGGAAGUGCUAUCCAGCUCGCCUAGCCCAGUCGGGGCUGAAGUGGAUGAGUCCAGUUGGUGGCACUGGCUCAAGCGCGAUGCUGACAGGCGGCACUGUGGUCUAAAUCACUUAGCUUCUUGGGCUUGCUGAUCAGAAGGUCGCAGGUUUGAAUCUGCAUAACAGAGUGAGCUCCCAUUGCUCUAUCCCAACUUCUGUCAACCUAGCAGUUCGAAAGCACACCAGUGCAAGUAGAUAAAUAGGUACAACUAUGGCGGAAAGGUAAACGGCAUUUCCGUGCACUCUGGCUUCCAUCACAAUGUUCUAUUGCAGGUUUAGUCAUGCUGGCCACAUGACCCGAAAAGCUGUCUGUGGACAAACGGCGCCACCCUCGGCCUGAAGCAAGUUGAGCACCACAACCCCAUAGUUGCCUUUGACUGGAUUUAACCGUCCAGGGGUCCUUUACCUUUUUUUUACCUGAUCCAGCAGAGCUUCUCCUGUGUGUGUGUGUGUGUGUGUGUGUGUGUGUUCGCAUAUAACAAAGUUUUGUUCAUAUAGCAUAUAAAUAAUAUCCCAUAUAAAUGAUGCAACAGCCAUUUAAAAUGAAGGCAAGCACUGUGUUUAUUAACUAAAACAUCAUUAGAACAGUGACAGCUGAAAAGAAUGCAGAACAUUUAACUAUUAGUUAAAAGCCAAAAGGCCUGUUUAAAAAUAGUAAAAGGGUGCAUUGCUUAAAGGAGGAGGAAUUCCAGGGAUAAUAGCGUAAGCAGAAAAGAUGCUCAAAGGCCCAUCUAGAAUCAUAGAAUUUUAGAGUUGGGAGGAAUCAUGUGGGUCAUCUAGUCCAAUCCCCUGCUAUGCAGAAAUCAUUUGCCCAAUGUGGGGCUUUGAACCUACAACCCUGAUACAGUGGUACCUCGGGUUAAGAACUUAAUUCGUUCUGGAGGUUCGUUCUUAACCUGAAACUGUUCUUAACCUGAAGCACCACUUUAGCUCAUGGGGCCUCCCGCCACCGCCGUGCGGUUUGUUCUCAUCCUGAAGCAAAGUUCUUAACCAAAGGUACUAUUUCUGGGUUAGCGGAGUCUGUAACCUGAAGCGUCUGUAACCCGAGGUACCACUGUAUUAAGAGUCUCAGGCUCUACCAACUGAACUAUCCUAGGUCUAUUCCAUCCUUUGGUUUUCCCAGUGCCCAAACACACUUUUAGGAAGCCUGCAAUAUCGUUCUCCCACUCCUAGUCACCAGCAAAUGAUUUGGAGGCAUUCUGCUUCUUACACAUAGUAAAUAUAUCUAUUGUGACUUUAUAACUUUAUUCUCCAUGAAUAAGUAGCAUAUAUUUGGAGACUGAGUACCAGUUUAUUUACCACAAUAAACAGAGCUAUAUGCAUCAGCCAUUAGUGGCUAACGUUGUAGCUGAGUUUGGUUCUUCUCUCUCUGCCUUGUGCUCAAAUAUUCUUUUACUUAUUUAUAACCCUCCAGUAACUGAGAGUUGCCCACUCACCUUAGCAAGAGAAAGCUGAGACUCUUUAUCCAAUUUUAAGUUGUUUCCCGACGCGUUCUGCUUUUGGAAUAAACACAUCUGUGUACAAGAAUCCAGUUCUGAGUAUUGAUUCUUCUGAGUGAUUUUAUAAGAGCAGUCUAAUAUACAGUGUAUUUUAUAUAGCCUGUUACCACACUUAAUAUUUUCCCAUAGCUUUACCUUUUGUAGUUUGCAGCUUUAAAGCUGGCUGUAUAAAUGUCUUAAGUGGGUUUACUAUCAGCAGGACAAAACUGGUUUUAGCACAACUAUGCUGUUCUGUAAGUAAUUUCUGUGAAACUCUUGUCACCGAUAAAGCCUUUAUUUGUGACAACAAAAUGGUCUUUCAAAAUCUGUUUGGGUAGAAUGCUUGAGAUAGAGAUCUCAUGUGGGUUAAAAAUAAAUUUUUACUGUUGUUGGUCUGUCAAUGUAUCACUCCAGAAAUAACAUUUUUAGGACUGAUAUUAAAAUGGAGAUCCACAGUUAUAUUUAUGAUUGCAGCAAAAUGAAGCUACAGAGGCCCACGGCAAUCUGCAUCCUUCACAAAUGAUCGGCAUUAAACAAAAAACAAAAACCCAGACUAUAAAACUUGUUAUAAAAAUAAGUUUUAUAUAAUUUAUGCUUUGUUAUUUACACAAAUGAUUUAUUCAAACACAUAUAACAAUCCAUUAAGUAAUGAAAACACACAUAAUCUUGAAACUACAGAAGAGUUGCAGUAGACUAAGACAAACUUGAAAGCAGCAGGUCACAGACUUAUUUAAAUGGGUGUUGGAGGUUCAUACCCAGUUUCAGUGCAGGAAGAAAAGGACUAAGACUCAUCUCCUCAGGAAAGGUAUUCUAAAGUUUCAGUGCCACUACCAAAAAGGCCACAUAGCUCAUACCUGUCUGCCUGUUGAAUCCCAGUGGUGAUGGAGAGUAGAGCCUAUGAAGCUUACCUUUGGGCAUAAGCAGUAUUGUUUUAGGAUAGGGGUGGUUAACCUGUGGCCCCCCAGGGGUUCUCAGUGAUCAGGGUUGAUGGGAAUUGUAAUCCAAUAGCAUAUGGAGUGCCACGGAUUAGCCACAUCUGAGUUAGGAAAAUGUGGUUCUGAAUGUAUCCUUGUUCAAGGCUAUUAAAGUUUGGGCUUCUUUAUAUCUCAGCAGUUUGUUCUGCAAAUGAAGGAGGAGACAGGGAGAACCGGGAGCUUUUUCCACCUUCAAGUUACCAUGCACUGUGGUGUCAUUGUGCCAUGCCUGUGGCUGGGACGGGUCUAUUAAAGAGUCUGUUGCACUGGUUUUGUGGAGUUCAAUUCUCGUGGCUGAAGGAACACAUGAAUAUUUUCUACGUCCCUUUAUCAGAUUUCAAGAGCAUCAAGGAUUUAGUAUUUUUUUCAACCUCUAUGAUAUUGCAAACCUUCCAACCAGCAACGUAAAAUAGCAUCACAACAUCUUUGAACAAGAUUCAAAUCAAGGCACGUUUGUUACUCGCUGCAAUGAAAGAGUACAGAGAGAUGCAGGCAGGCAGAGCAAAACUAUUUAGAUGUCUCAUCCAAAUGUUCUGAUUUCUGAUCCUGUAGCUAAAGCCCCAGCAUAAGUGCACGUUUUGCUUUGCAAAUUACUCUUGUCUGUCGUUGCCAACAGACUGCUAUCAUUCUUGACACUUUCCCUGCCUAGAGGUGCCUGGAUGACAUAAAUUCAACAAUGCAAUCGAAUGUCUCCUCUCAGGUGAGCUCUUCAGUUGGUGUAGAGCACAGAAAGGGACACUUUCUUAACCUACUUAAAAGCUUUGUAAUAGAUCCUGCCAUCCCCCAGUACAUCAGCAGCAGCUGUAAUGAAUCAUUCCUUAGCCUUGGAGAAGAGCUUUCCAAAUAUAUCUCACAUCUGUACAGUUGGCAUCUUAUUUAUGUUCCUUUGUCUCAUGAGGUUAAUUUCCUUGGUGAUUUUGCCUGCUACACAGUAGGCAGGCAGGCCUGAGUCCAUGAUAUAGUUAGAUCAGAGACUGUGAAGAAAGCAUUUUGAAUUUCUUGGAAUUCACUUACAUGUCCUUGACUUUAUGCCCUCGUUUUAUGCCAUGGAACUGGCAAAAACCUAGGGUCAGCCUACAUAUGUACACCAUCAUGUGAUAGACAACAAUCCCAUGACUGCAGACACGGGGAUUGAAUCUCCAACAAGGUAGCCUAUAGCUAUGUAUGUGCUUUUUUUCUUACCAGGAGAGAGCACUAGGUCCAUGAAACUGCCUGUUACUUCCCUCUCCAAGGGAUUUAGUGGGUAGUAGAUACACAGAGAAGUCCCAACAGACACUAGUAACCUGUCUUCUGUUAUGAUGUGUGGGGGAGAGAAUUUAUAUGUGCCUUUUCCUCAAGUAAAUUUGUCUUGUGCUUUCCUCACCCCCCAAUAAUUCCAGUAGUAGCAUAACUUACAAACAUGCCAUGUAUCCACACGAAAGGUAGGUUAAUAUGUCCUACAAAAUGAAUAUGUUCUAAAGUUUUGAUCCAAGAUUAUAAUAUCUACCAUUUUGUUUUAUUUGAGAUUCCUCCCCCUCUCACAAGAACACUUCAUUGCAAAAAAAUUCUUGUCUAAGUCAGAAAACGUUGUGUGAAUAAGCUCUAGUCUUGGCUUGUUGAUGUGCACAAGUAGAGCUGCUUGGAUCUUAAAAUGCCAAUUUAAAAAGAGAGAGUGCAUAGAAGGCCAAUAAAAGGCAAGACAUUUGUGGUCCAAGCUUGUCAUCUGUUUUGUGAAUAUUGCAUUGCAGAGUCUGGAGAAAAGCCAGGCAGAUCCUCUCAUCCCUAUUACAAGGAACUUGCCUGCCUCAGCACUUGUAACAACAACAUCCAUUCUCUUGCUUUCGAUUUUGGUUCAGUGCCAAUGUGACAUAAUGGAAUUGAGAGUGGCAUACUGCCACCGUAGUAUUUUGUUUGGCCAAGGGGUUGGGUUAUAGUUGCUGCUUUCAGAUUAAGGGUAAAAGCUUAUUCAGAAGGUUUAAUUAUGGAGUUAGAGCUCCUAUCUCAACCCUUUCUGAAAUUGGGCUUUUGGAGCAACAAUUCUGCUGAAGAUGAUCUCUGUUAUAACUUGCUCCUGCAACAAAAUGUUUCAGUGUGUAUUAGUUGGUUAUCUUUGUGGUUCCAGCCAGUAUUCUCCAGUGUUCUGUAUGCCAUCCUCUCCAUCGAAACUUAGCAUUAUGUAGCUACUAAGCAUGCUUAGGCCUCAAUAAACUCUCUUGGGUUUUCCCAUUUCUUUCUCUCAUAAAUAUUUCCUCCCAUAGUUCUGUAAACUUUGGGUUGUGCAUGGAUGGUGUCAUUUUGGCUACAUGAGUUGUUACUAUGAUUUUUCUUAAGAUAACCAAAUUCUUAAGGUAAUCACAUUUUAUGUGAUGGUCCCUAACACCAUAAGGCUACGGUGGUACCUCGGGUUACAGACACUUCAGGUUACAGACUCCGCUAACCCAGAAAUAGUACCUCGGGUUAAGAACUUUGCUUCAGGAUGAGAACAGAAAUCGGGUGGCGGCAGCAGGAGGCCCCAUUAGCUAAAGUGGUAUCUCCGGUUAAGAACGGUUUCAGGUUAAGAACGGACCUCCAGAAUGAAUUAAGUUCUUAACCCGAGGCACCACUGUACUAGUAAUCUAUAUAGCAAACAAAAUGAAGCUAGUCAGAGUAUUUCAAAACCAUGCUUUAUCUUGGGGAGCAAGUAGUUUAUUUCAGUACACAACAAACAUUCGCCCACUUAAUUCAUUUAGCCAGCGUGGUGUAGUGGUUAAGAGCAGUGGACUCGUAAUCUGGUGAACUGGGUUUGUGUCUCCGCUCCUCCACAUGCAGCUGCUGGGUGACCUUGGGCUAGUCACACUUCUUGGGCUAGUCACACUUCUUCUCAGCCCCACUCACCCCACAGAGUGUUUGUUGUGGGGGAGGAAGGGAAGGAGAAUGUUAGCCGCUUUGAGACUCCUUCGGGUAGUGAUAACACGGGAUAUCAAAUCCAAACUCCUCCUCCUCUUCUUUCACAUGCUCAAGCUUAAUAUUAUAAGGCAGAUGAUAUAUUUUUGGCAAUAAAUGUUCUCUACUUUCUAUUAACAAUCUCCUUGAUUCAAUUUACUUCUCUUAGCAUAUAUUAAUUAUAAUGCGCUGACUCAAGUAUUUUUGUGGUGAUGGUUGCAGCUCUAGCAGUGAUUGGGUGAGCUGCUUUAAGUGUCACAGAUGUGGUUACAAGAAUCUCUGGUCGCCAUUGAACUACCACCCCAAGCUUGAAUUUCAAACUUUUGUGUGAAAAAUUCAGUAAAAUCUUUGGCUACGGGCUUCUAGACACCCUGCUGUUUUUCUUCAGUUAGAUCUUUAUAUAUUAUGCAGUAUUUGCAAAUACUGUGUAAUCUUUGAGAUCUGUAGGGAAGCUUCAGAAGUCUUCUGACAGCUUUGUAGACUCUUCCUCAUUCAUGUUGUAACCUGCAAAGUGGCCCUGGAUCUACCCUUCCCUAUCCAGAAAAAAGGGAAAAGGAAAUAGCCCACUGCAAACACAGCUUGCAAGCUAAACCCAGCAAACUGUUAUUGUGUAUAACUGGCACCUGGGAGAUAAGGCUUCAGUAACAUGCCUUUAAUUAGAAAGUCAAGUUUUCAAAAGAAAUCCCGGAAAAAGGGAGGGGAGAGAGUGAGCUUUUCAAGUCCUACAAUCAACAGUUCUACUUAAUGUAAAAUCAUGGGAAAUGAAAAGCUAUCAAAAGACUUAAAUAGACAAAAUAGACAAAAGCAUAACGGAAGAGGAAUUAGCUUCUUAAAGCAUCCAUCCUCUAGAAAUUUAAAUAGCCUUUUGCGGGGGGAGGGAGAUAAAGUCUGCGUUUUUCUGAACAGUUUGCAUGCAAAUCCUUACUGAAAUGGAAAUGUGGUUGUGUUUUUCUUUAAAAGAAUGGUUGUAUGAAAUUAUUCUACUUUACAGGAGAGGCAGCUGUCAUGUAACAAGGGAAUGAAUGCACUGAAAGCUAUGUUCCCUUGAUGGAUUGCAUGCUAAAGAACCCACGUUCAUGUCUUGUCUGCUUUAGCUACAAGGAUCAGGUAGCAGCUGGUGGUAAAGACCUUGUGCUUGAGACCCUGGAGAUCCAGUGCCUGUCAGAAUAGACACUAGUUGGACUGAAAACAGUUUCAUAUAUUUGAGGGUUGCCAGAGUCUCGAAGCUACCAGCAUGGGUUUGACCAAACUGCAGGAGGCAGUGGAAGACAGGAGUGCCUGGCGUGCUCUGGUCCAUGGGGUCACAAAGAGUUGGACACAACUAAACAACAAAAGUCUUGAAGGGGUAUGGGAAACCUGCAGCUUUCCAGAUGUUGUUGAGCUAUAACUGCUGUCAUCUCUGACCAUUGACCAAGCUGGCUGUGGUUUAUGGGAACUGGAGUCCAACAACAUUUGAAGGGUCACAGGUUCCUCUACAGCAGGAUUUCCCAAAUUUGGGUCUCCGGCUGCUGUUGGACUAAAACUGCCAUCAUCCAUAACUAGCAGGACCAAUGGUCAGGGGUGAUGGGAAUUGUAGUCUAAAAAGAGGUGGAGACCUAAGUUUGAGAAACCCUGCUCUAGAGCAUGUGUAGCCUACAUGGUGCCCUCCAGAUGUUGUUGGACUCCUAACUACCAUUUUUUCCAACCAGCUUGGUCAGUGGUCAGGGGUUAUGAGAACUGUAGUCCAACCAUAUCUGGAGAGGAGUCUGUGUUGGUGUUUUGUGCUCUAUAGAGUGGUGGGUACAAAAGCUGCAAUCAUGUGCCUACUUCAUUGGGCACAGUUUGCACUGAAGUGUGAUUGAACACAGUGGGAUUUACUUUCAGGUAAGUAUGAUUGCACUCCAAGGCAAGGUCUGUGCUCUGGUAACCUCUAGGUUAGAUUACUACCCAGUUUAUGCUGUGUUGCUUUGAAGAUGGUUUGAAAACUGCAGCUCAUGCAAAAUUUUGUGGCCAGAUUAUUGACUAGGACCAGGCGAUCUGAACAUACAGCUCUAGUUCUGGUCUGUCAGCACUGACUGCCAGUUUGUUUCCAAACCCAGUUCAGAGUGUGGGUUUUGACCUUAUAAAUCUUUACACAGCUUGAGACCCCAAUAUCUCAAGGGCUCGCUCUCUGAGAUUGGCAGUUGGCCCCCUCAAAUAAAUGUUUGGGGGUUGUACCUGACACCAAUAUCUUCUCAGUGCCAGGUGAAGACAUACCGUAUUUUUUGCACCAUAACACUCACUUUUUUCCUCCUAGAAAGUAAGGGGAAAUGUCUGCGCGUGUUAUGGAGGGAAUGCCUAUGGGUGGCAUGCCUACGGAUUUUCCUCCUCUAAAAACUAUGUGCGUGUUAUGGUCAGGUGCGUGUUAUAGAGUGAAAAAUACGGUAUAUUCUGCCAAGCAUUUGGAUAACAAUAAUGGUUGGAUUUUAGUAUCUGCUUUUGAUGUUGGGUGAAGGUGGACAUUUUUGUUUUGAAGGAUGAACAUAUUUAGUUUAUUUGUACUGUGUUAAUUAUCACUCGUAUUCCUGUAUCUAUUUGUGUCACUUUGGUAAUUCCUUUGGUUGUGGGAAGUGUUGAACAAAUACUAAACUAAAAGUAAGGCGGCCAUCAUGCUUGUUUUGGUUCCUUUUCCACCUUUAGUUCAUGGAAAUUCAGCUGUGCUAAUUACUACCAAAAAGUUGAACCAUUUAUUGUAGUUGAAUAAAUUUAAGCGCUUCUUUUUUCAGGUGAGGAGGGAGCUAGGGGAAACCUUCCUUUUUGUUGCAAAAUGAUAUACGUCCAUAACGCCAACCCUAAAAAGAGCCUAUUCCAUACAGAUUUUGGUGGCUACCAUAACAAAGAAUAAAAAAGUUAGGGGUCACUUUUUGUGAAGUUUUAUAGAUUCUACUUAUCCUUAAAAAAAGAAGAAAUCUCUUCUGCUGCUGAAAUCUCUUUCACACUCACUGGUUUUCAUUUUGCAUUUGUGUCUGUUUCCAAUAUAUAGCACAAGCAAUAUUAACACUUGUAUAUGUGAUGCUUUCUUUAGUUUUUCACAUUAACUACAGAACCAGCAAAGCUAACCUUCCUUAGUCAAAUAAGUGCACUGUAUUAUGUUCACCAAAUAAUGUUCACAGAGAGGAGUGAAAGUAAGGCUGAACAUAAGUUGGCAAGUCUGCCUGUUAGAAAUUGCUAACCGUUGCAAUCUAUACACUGCUUCUUUGAUCCAUUGGGAGUUGGCUGCAGUGUUGUACCGCAUACUUUGUGAGAGGAAUGUGAAAAGCUCUCCUGUGGCUUUGAAGGAUAAAGGGGCAGAGUUCAAUACUGGUUGUCACUUUUGAGAAGGCAAUUGACUUUUUCACUUCUUUGUCUGGUAAUGGUGUCAUUGCUGUAGACUCUCUUAUUGUGCUGUCCACUUUCUUUUUUUAGUAAUGCAAAAGCUAUCUUCACAUGGCUAGAAUUGGACUCUCCCCACAAUGGGGCCAUUUUCGUGCCCUUUCUCACCUGCUGUAUACAAGUGGCAUGAUGUUGCUCAAGUAGCAAGUGGGAGGAUAGGUACACUGCAAUUUAGGAUACAGAGAUAGCUUUCACCUGCUUGAUAGCUUUGUUGAUGUCUCAUUACUGAAAAUGUUUUCAAUGAAAAAGUAACUACCCUGUCUCUUUCUUGAGAUAGACUUCAGCUAUUUAUCUUGCUUGGCUAAAUAAGGGUUAGUGUUGAAGGAUUUCUGUCCUGUGUAUAAACAUCUGUGUUUGUUUUAUGCAUUUGUACCCACUUCUCCACUGAAAAGACUCUGAGUGACUUAGGACAGCAAACAAUACAACCCAUCUUCCUAUUAACCUAUCCUUAGUUAAUGUCUUUGACGGCGGACAGGAAGUCUUCACUCUGGUGCAGAAGUCUUCACUCUGGUCCGCCAUCAGAGGGUAAUAACCAGCUGUGCAUGAGUUCAGUAGCGCAGCUGACAAAAGAUCAACUCACUCGUCCAUCCCUAAAAUGCUGUUUCUUUGCCUCUUGUGUGAUAACCUUGCUUUGUUUCCUUAUGCACCUUGUAUGAUGACCUUGCUGUGGAUGAAAAAUGGUUGCCGUAUUUGGGACCGGGAAGGAAUUUGCUUGUAAACCAUUUUGGCCCAUUUGGAAGUUUUGCCUUCCUCAUAGAAAUUGUAACAACUUUUGGUGGAUAAGGCAUUGGGUGGAAUCUUAGUCCAGUUCUGGGUUCAGGGUGAAUUAGCGCAUCACCCCAAUCACAGAUUACCUGUUAAUGGGGUUUAAGUGGAAGUCUCUGUCCCGAAGCCAAGUGAGGUGCAGAUGGGCCAUAAAGCUUUCAACAGCAGCCUGGGAUGGGAGGGGGACCUAAGUUGACCUUCAUUUUGAGGGGGUCCAUAUCCCAGUCAUGACCCUGCUGGAGGUAGGGCCUGCUUCUCAUAUCUUCCUCACAGUUACAUGCUUCAGAUCUCAAUAUGUAGCUAGUCAGUCAAUCAAUCAAUCAAUCAUAACAUGCUUGUUUUAGGUUGUGUAUCUAUGGAAAGCUGAAUCACAUAGUAAUGCUUUCAUAGAUCAUAGAAUUAUAGAGUUAGAAGAGACCCUGAGGAUCAUGUAGUCUAACAGCCUGCAAAGCAGGAAUAUGCAGCUGUUCCAAAUGGGGAUCGAACUUGCAACCUUGGCAGUAUCACCACCAUGCUCUACUCAACUGAGCUAUCCAGGCUUGUGGCAAGUUUGAGAGUUUAACAUAGAUGUAGGCAUAUUUUUUGUGAAACUUCAAUUCAUUUUCCAUUCUUGAUGCAGGAUUAUUUCAACAAAUAAAUUAUUGUCAUUAAUCUUUAGAUAGAAAACAGCCCGAUGUUAGCUUGAAAAUAAUAACUGGCCUCUUAAGAACACAAACAUUUAUACAUGGAAAAAUGCCUAGACCUAACCAAUAGGAGUAGUUGAUGUCUCUAUAUCUGACUACUACAAAUUACAGGGAUGGUAUUUCUACACUGAUUGAGCUCUAAGGCUUGUGUUCUGGCUGUCUGCUCAAGUGGAUCUUUGCUGCGGCAUGUAUACAUACCCAAAAGAGCAGCUGAAAGUGCAAAAAUGAAAUUUUGCUUUCUUGCUAAUGAGCUUGCAACUUGAAAUUUUGAUGAGGUAGAAAAUUAUUUUUUAAAAAGGUAGCAGCUCACUUUCAUUUAGUGACCCUUGAGGGGUGUGUGUGUGUGUGUGUGUGUGUGUAAAAACCACCCCAACCACUUCCGUGAGAUUCUUUUAAUUUGCCUUUUGGGUAUUGACCUUCAGAUGUAAGGUGCAAAAAUGGUUUAAGGACCCUGCAUAUGAAGUUUUAUGCUUCCAAAAAUAUUCCCCUCAAGGUCAAAAUACGCAUUACAAUAUGUCUAGGUAAGGAGAAAGUGCAAUGUAGUGCCUUAAUUGCGUGCGAAAAAAUGUCAGUCGUCAGUCACAGCCUGUCAACAUGUCCUGUACUUUCACUGCAACAUUUACCUAAAAUCUGCAACCUUUUCCUCAUCUUUUGUCUCCGAUGGGACUAACUCUCCAUAAUUUCUGUCAUUUGUUGGUCCUUUCCUUAUAUAUUUCAUUUAUUAAUCUCUUUCCUGGUGUGAUUUAAUGAUAAAAACAUCAGCAAUAAAAACCUCAUAUAAAAAUCCAACUCCAUUGCUCAUAUGGACUGGGGUAAGAAUCUCCACUUCAAAGUAAGAUCUUCAGUAGGCACUGAGAAUAUGAUGAUAAUAUUUAAUGGAAGGGAAUUCCAAAGGAUAGGCACUGCCACACUAAAGGCCCGAUUCCUACAGCAUUUGGAAGCAACCUUCCAAUGUGCUGAUAUUUGCAGGAGGCCCUAUUCUGCAGAGCACAAUAAUGGGUAUAUUUUUAAGGCAUUCUGAUCCCAUGGUGUUGUAUAGGGUUUUAUACUCUAGUACCAGGACCUUGAACUUAGCCUGCUAGCUAGCUGGCAGCCAAUUCAAUUCUUUCAACAGUGGUAUAACAUGCCGAUAUUUUGCCCUAGGUGCAGAUUCCAGGCCAACUUUGCAGGCAGCCACACAUCGAGUGCAUUGCAGUAAUCCAUUCUGGAGGUUACUGGUGCACGAACAACUGUGGUCAGGUCAUCCCAGUCCAGAAAUGGCCAUAGCUGUCUUACCAGCUUGUUUUUAAUUAGUCCCAACUUGCUUGAAUUGCACACCCUUUCUACCGUAAAUAUCCUUUGAAGGUUAUUCUUUUGCUAAUUCGGCAAGUUAAUCAUACUGCUUUGGGGAAGUUUCCUUGAGAACAAAUCUUUCCUUCUGUGUUGUGAAAAAACAGAUUGUACUCUGGAUGCAUCCUAAUCGGGCCACAGAGAGUUGGGGCAGAUCAGCCUGCUCUGGCAAAUAGACUCUGCUUGCCCCAGGCAAUAAAAUCCAUCCAAAGAUAAUUAUAGCCCUGAGGAGGAGAGUGCCCUGGAUGAUUAUUUGUCAUAGGCAUUUCCAGUUCUUUUAGCAUAUGUCCUUGGGAGAAAACUCUUUUCUGAUAAUAAAAAAACAGCACUCUGUUAAUCAAGUAGCUUUGAAGUGAAAGCUAUUUGUUGUUGUUUUUAAGAAAAGAGUCCCCUGUUUAUUUCUUAGCUGAAGCUUUUAUUCCGCAUAAGAGGCAAGAGGUAACUCUGUUGGUCAGAAUUCAGAUGCUCUCCUUACCAUGUUACACUUGCUCUGUGCAUUAAAUUUGUAUGCAAGCUGAUGGUUUAAGAUUUGAGCCUGCUUGGUUUUGGUACUAGUCACGUGCAUCCUCUAGGGGCAGUUAAGGGAGAGGAAGCAUAUGCAUUUAUCCUGUACCAGCAAAUGAGGUGUGCAAUGUGGCUUUAAGUGUUUACUUUUUUUAAGUGGCUUGGCUAGGUACAAAACACCCUAAAUGUGCACUGAAAGCAAAGUCACUGGAAGAAUACAACAUUGUCAUUCCUGCAUUGGCAUUUCUUCAGGAUACAAUCCAAGGGGCUGUCAAAGUCUCUACAGAAUGGGAUGUGCUAGCAUGAAAACCCUUCUGGGAACACUGUUUUGGCAAAAAAACUGUCCAUGCUAAAUCCUUUUCUAUUUCACUUUUUAAUGAACCCCUUGUACAAUUAUUAGUCGCUAUUUAGUUGUAAGGACCAUAAAGAAGGCUGAUCACUGAAGAAUUGAUGCUUUUAAAUUAUGGUGCUGGAGGAGACUCUUGAGAGUCUCAUGGACUGCAAGAAGAUCAAACCUCUCCAUUCUUAAGGAAAUCAGCCCUGAGUGCUCACUGGAAGGACAGAUCCUGAAGCUGAGACUCCAAUACUUUGGCCACCUCAUGAGAAGAGAAGACUCCCUGGAAAAGACCCUGAUGUUGGGAAAGGUUGAGGGCACAAGGAGAAGUGGACGACAGAGGACGAGAUGGUUGGAUAGUGUUCUCGAAGCUACCAGCAUGAGUUUGACUAAACUGCAGGAGGCAGUGGAAGACAGGAGUGCUUGGCGUGCUCUGGUCCAUGGGGUCACGAAGAGUCGGAAACGACUAAACAACAACAAAAAAUUUAGUUGUAAAUACUAUCAGAUAUUGUUUCCUGUUGGACACUGAACCUAAUUCAAAGUUGACGAGGAAAGUGGGUCUAAACUGCAGAUGGAACUUGUUUAUUUCCCUUGCCCCUUUUCUCUUAAACAGAAACUGAUUAUAUUUUUUCAGCUCUCAAUAUCUGGAGCCAGUUAUGUAAAUUUGCAUUUAUUCUUUUUUCAAACUCUGUAAACCUUUUACAGAUCCUUGUAUGGCUUGUAAUCCCCCCCCCCCCAGUUUAUAAAUAAUUGAAAAUAAACUCAUUCUGGACUCCCAUUUUCUUCCCCACCAGCUAUUGAAUGAAAUCAGGCUUACUAUGUUUUUUUUCUUAAUAGCAUAUGCAUCUCACCCUUCUUCCAAGAAGCACUGGGCUGGAUAUAGCAGUAAAUGGUUUAUUUUUCCACAGAUGGGCACAAACAUGUAAGGUAAAAGAACUAAGGCAACAUCAUGUUAGGAAAACUACCCAAUAGAUAGAGAGCAUUAAGCUAAUUUUUUAAUGAGGAGACUUUUUUUUAAAGGUUAUUUGGUGCUACACUCCAGUGAAAUUCUAACAUUGGGAAUUUGGUAAAUGUUCCUCUCUGUGCCCACUUUACAAAUAAACUGUCAUUUAGAAAAUUAUUUCCUCCUGUGCUAAGAGCUAUAUAAUUAUAUUUUCUUACACAGUAUAAAAGAUGAGCAGUGGCACAUCUAAAGAAGGUAAUUACUGCAAUUACGUUGCUAAUGGACACGGAUCUGUCAUACAGAAUUUGCUCUGGUCUCUGCGAUGGGUUCGUGAUAGUCUAAUAUGCUCUAAAUGUGUGUCUCUAAAGCACAAUAAAUUUAGUUUUGCAGGAAAGGAGUAGCAUCAGAUUUGCAGUGGACUGCAAUUAGCUAUUCAUCUGGGCUGAUUAAAAUGCAUGAUGGGUACAACAUGCAACCAUGUCAAAACACAUUAAAACCAUAUCAGAUUUCAGUUUCAGAUUUCGCUUGAUGUGCCUUCAAACUAGCACAAAAAACCUUGCAGACUUAAUAACAAAAAAUAUAGUAUUGCUCAAAAAGCGGGUGUAUUUUUAGGCUGAUAUUGAUGCAGCACACAGAUGCUUUGAAACCUAUUCAUCACUAUUCUUAGCAUUUGGUUAUGCAGUAAAUAAUACUCCCUUUCCCCAAGGAGGUUCUGGUAUGAAAUGUGACUAUAAACAUUUCCAUAAUUUGAGAAGUUUACUGACAGCAAUGGGGACGGGCAGAGUCUAGUGGAUAACAUUGGAACAUAGGAAGCUGCCUUAUACUGACCAUUAUUCCAUCUACCUCUGUAUUGUGGAUGUUGGCAGAGGUUCUAUAAGAUUUCAGACAGAAUUCUAUCUCAGCCCUGCCUGGUGAUGCCAGGGAUUAAAUCUGGGACUGUCGCUAUACAGUGUAGAUGCUCUAUCACUGUGCUUUGGCCCUUCCCAAAACAUUUUCAUGUGCUGUCCAGUUUUUAGUGGUAGAACUCUUCCCGAGUUUCUCUUCAUUUAAGAAAACACAUUUGGUGUGUUGUGUCUCAGUUACUCUUUUUCAAGUUAGAAAAUUGGAAAAGAAAAGGAGGGGCGAAACAAAACAGAACUCUGCCAGUUUAGGGUAUUGACCCACCUGUACUCAGUUGAUGUCCAGCAUCACAACUGAGGAAAUGAGAUUAAAGAGCCAAGUUGCACACACACCACACUGGUAAGAUUUCAGGGCUCCCCACAGGGAAAGCUGACUUGCACCUGGAAAAUAAAACAAUUGGGUGCAAGGCACGUGUCUUAAAUGUCAUGCAGGCCUGCUAGAAUUCCUGAGCCAAGUAUUUCCCAGUGAAAUAAAGUGCUUGCUAAAUAGAACUCAUCAGAGAACUAGAAGACUUGGUGAUGCCCCUUUUCUGUAAUAGCACAGAUAAAAAAUUGCAUGGCUUAGGGAAGGAAACGUUUGCCUGAAGCUGCUAAAAUGCCCUUUCAUGUGAGAAAAAAAUGAUACUAGUCUUGCAUAUGCAUUUGUGAUAAUUGACUAAAUGAAAUAUGCUGGCUGCACAGUUUGGAAGGAGGGACUUCCCUUUCAGGAGCUGAACUUACACUAUCAUCAUAGCCUUACAUUAUUUGGACACUAUUUUUCCUUGGUAAACCAUCUCCAGAGUGGCUCCUGACAUUAUAAAAAUGUGUAUAAUAAAAGCAUUACAUUUUAAGUUAAUGCACUGACAGUUACGUAGGUUAGCAUUUAAAUUGGCAUACAAAUAUGGGAUGUUUUGAUUAAGCUACUAAUAUUAAUAAGCAUACACCCAGAUUAAACAAACCCACCAGUAAUUAAUAAACCUUAGCAAUAGAAAAACAGCCCCUGAAAAGGACUCUGCCCUGAUAGUCAUCAGGACAACCUUCCCUAACCUGGUGCCCUCCCAGUGUUUUGAAUUAAAAUACCCAUUAGCUCCAGCCAUCAUGGCCAGCCAUCGUUGCCUGAAAUUUCUGAAGGGCAUCAAGUUGGGGGGAGCUGUUCUUGGACCUUUCAGCAACAGAAACAGUCUUUGUAGCUAGAGCAGGUCAGAGCCCUGCUUUCUUGGGCACAGAUAGCGAUCAGGGACAAAGGCUUCAAGGACUCGCACUGUUCCUGUGCACUGGGCUUGCACUAUUGGGUUAUAAAUAAUAGUUUUCUCAGUGUUUGUCAUUAUUAAUCUUAAGGGGAUUUCAGCUUGGAUGGUUUUCAUAUGUCUAGUGCUGUAUGGUUCAUUCCUACCUAGAGGGUCUUUUCACUGGAAAGAUGUCAUUAAUAUUGGAAUUUUGACGUUUGGUUGGCAGUGGGGGAGAUGCUUUACUCUGGAGAAAUCAGUUUCUUAAAAAGAAUUUGCAGUCGAACUUACAAAUCACUACGUGUAUAUACUUGACUUCAGUUGACUUUUAGUGGAUUUGUACAUAUCUUGAAGAUGAAAUGGUCUCUGGAAUUUUUUGUACACAGUUCCCCUUAUCACAUUUGCAGUACAUGUGGGUUAUUUAGUUUGUAGAACAUGAGACUCUUAAUCUCAGGAUUGUGGAGUUGAGCCCCCUGUUGGGCAAAAGAUUCCUGCAUUGCAGCGGUUUGGACUGGAUGACCCUUGUGGUCCCAAUUCUAUGAUUCUGUUCUAUGAUUCUGUGCACAGAGGAGUCAUUCUGUAGGAAAAUACACUUAUAUGGCACAUCAUUUAAAAGCUGCUUUUGGUGAGAGGAGCCAAUUGGAACAUAUUACUUUGCAUGUAUAUGUUUUGGGGGGGCACUCCUUAAAAAAACCCUACUGUUAUUGUGUCUAGUAUGUAAGAAUCCAUCCUUUGUUCCAUUUAAACCUAUGAGACUACAUUGAUUUUACUCUCUGUACUCUUUACCUGUGAUGUGAAUGUGAGGUGUUUGGAAUGGCCCAAGAGAUCUUCAGUGUUUUAUAGACUGAUGCCUGCCUUGGAAGGGUCAUGGUUAUGAGAGCUUGCUUUCUGAAAUAUUUCAUGUGGAAGUGUUAAAGGGGAAAGUUAAAAUGGCUGUGGCUGGAAUUUAUGAGGCACAAUUAAAGACAUGGGUUGUCAAAGCUGUGAUCCAAACAUGAACAUUAAUCCAUUUUGCCCAUAAAGUUUGUAGAUGCCAAGUAAUGCAGAGGGAGCUAUAACUGGGAAGGAUAUAAAAUGAGAUUUCUAACAGAAUAUUCUGAACAUGUGACUAUUCCAAGAAUGGCAUGGUUCACACAUAAUUUAUUAAACCAUGGCUUAGUGUUGUGUGUGAACCCUGCCCAGCAGAUUAAUUAUGACUUGUUUACUGACAACAAGCCACAGUCUGAAGCCAUGGUUUGUUCUUGGCUUAUUAACCUUGCUUUCUUUUAACUUUUAACCUUAGUGUUAGGUGCAAACCCAGCAUCCUUCCUCAACCCUGUGGUUUGCUUGGCUACUCCAGACUCUCACCAAGGUAUACAGGUAUGAGGCAAGUGUAGCUACAAAAGAAAAUAAACCAUGCUUUUAUUUGAUAUUCUGUGGGGCGGCUCAUGUUUAACUUAGAAUCUGUUAAACAAACCAUGGCUUAGAUUUGCCAUGAAUUAAUGUUAACCAUUAUGGAGGAAAUCAAAAGAACUGCAUUACUAAAUACCUUGAAGGUCCAUUAUUGUAGUUCUCCCUAAGAAAGCCUGUUCUAUGAUUCUGUGAAGAGAGGUGUCAUUCUGAAGAAUCUAGGCAUUCAGAAAAAUUCAGUCCUAGUUAAACACAAUGAAAUUGUCAACAGAGGCUGCUUUUGUUGCUCUUAUUUGUAUCUGAGUUGUUAUGGUUGUUACUCUCUGAAGUAACUUUGUUUCUGUUCUGAAAAUGAAACUACAGUAUGCAAAUACAUGGAACUCCAAGUCAUAUCCUGUUAUAACUAUUCAAUGUAGUGUCAGUGUGGUAGAGAUUAGGCUGUUUUGUGCUAAGCAUUUUCUGUGGAAAAAAACCAUACCUUGUUCACUCAUGUUUUACAUGGCACUUACACAACAUUGUGAAGAAAACAUCCUCUGCAUGUUUUAUCCGUUCAGUUUCCUUCCCCCUACCUCCCAGCUCAGAAAAUCCUAACUUUUUUAAAUUCAGUGAAAUUACUGCAAUUUUCUAAGGAAUGCUGCCAUUCAUGCUGUUCUGUCCAGUAGUGACCUGGGCAUAUUGCUAUUGCCAUUUUCUCUUCUGUGCUCCAUUUCUCCACUCUAGCAAGCAACUUUACCCUUUCCAAACAAAAUGGAGCGCAGUGAUGGGGGGAAAGGCGAAUUUAAGGCUUCCACAUACACAGUGGUUCUAUUGAAAAUCUCCUUCAUCCUGUUGAGGGAGCUGACUGCCCGCUUGGCUAGAGAGUGUCAGAAGUCUGGAAGCAGAAUUUCUAUUCCUCAUCCAGGUAAAAGCAGGCCAGCACCAAUUGGGUGUUGCUAAAUUGUCCAUGUUUGGAAGUACCAUUGAAGUGAAGGGAUGCAGGUUAAAAUAUCCACUAUGUAACCUUGGUUCAGCCAAUAUCUCUGAGCUUAACUUACCUCAUAGGGGUCUUGAGAAGAAAGAGGGGACAAUGUAUACUGCUUUGACCUCUGUGGAAGAAGGGUAGAAUAAAACUUUAAUAAAAUGUAAUGUGUGGCAUAUAUGUGUGUCCCCUGCCUUUUUGGUCCCAGAAUGCAAUCGACUGGGAUGCGGAGCGAAAGAGUCAUUACUAAAUCUAAGCCCUUCUCUCUCGCCCUUUGGCUCUCACAGUGCAUAGCUUAAGCUUGAUGAAAUAUUUCAUGCACAGAUAGAUUUUUUCUCUGUGGUGGUUCUUAAAUAAUUUUAACUGUGACAUAGUGUUCAGUCUUUCUCUCAGGGUUUACUCCCAAAGCCUCUCUCGUGAAUGAGUGUAACCGCAAGGCAGAGAAGUAGAGGAUCAAAUUUUUCCUUCUCCUAGAUCUUGUAAUUGGACCGUUGCCCCAAUAAUCUCUUGGCCUUUUACCUUAAAGUAUAGACUUAUCUUGUUGACUCCAAAGUGUCUUGGUUUUACUUCUCAUGCGAUCCCUCUAUCAAAAUUAUAUGGCCACAUUUACUGCCACUGUGCAGCAUUAAAAACGUAAUGUAUUUUGAUGUAGCUUAAUAGGAAAAGCAUUUUUUCAAUUUAGUCUGAGCAAUCACAGGAGAAGAAAUGCAUUUUCCAUUAAUUUUUUUCGUGUCCCUAAUUGCCCCUCUGUGGCAUUAUUAUGAAGGACCCCUAGUGUAAUGAUGAUGAGGCAGAGGCAACACUUCAGUUAUUUUGGGAAAUGCAGUCCAUUUUCUCACUGUAAGUAUAAUUGCAAUUUCGGUUUUAUCAUUUAUCAUAUGUACAUUAACAGUAUACUCAAACAUAAAUUAAUAUGCAGUUUAGCACCAGGUUAAUGGGAGUGCAAAAUCAAAAACUUUCAGAAGGCUUGUUGCAAAACCUUCUGGUUCUUAAAUAUUCAAAAUAUUACAAAUAAUGCUGAAAAUAUUUUCUCCCUUCUCCAGGUAGGGUAGGAUGCCAAAAAUGUUUCUUGCAUAAACUACACUGAAAUGAAGCAGAAUUGUGCAAGAAUCAAGCUAUGAUACUUUCAUCAGGGCAUUUUCAAGAUUAAAUGUGGAUUAAAUUUGUACCUUGGUGUUCCCCCAGGGAGCUUUGCCUUCCUAAUUAUAUUGGAAUGCGGGUGGCGCUGUGGGUUAAACCACAGAGCCUAGGACUUGCUGAUCAGAAGGUUGGUGGUUUGAAUCCCCGCAACGGGGUUUGCUCCCAUUGUUCAGUCCCAGCUCCUGCCAACCUAGCAGUUCGAAAGCACGCAGUGCAAGUAGGUAAAUAGGUACCGCUCCAGCGGGAAGGUAAACGGUGUUCGCCAGAAGCGGCUUAGUCAUCGUGGCCACAUGACCCAGACGCUGUACGCCGGCUCCCUUGGCCAGUAAAGCGAGAUGAGCGCCGCAACCCCAGAGUCGUCCACAACUGGACUUGAUGGUCAGGGGUCCCUUUACCUUUACCUAAUACAGUGGUACCUCAGGUUACAUACGCUUCAGGUUACAUACACUUCAGGUUACAGACACCGCUAACCCAGAAAUAGUGCUUUAGGUUAAGAACUUUGCUUCAGGAUGAGAACAGAAAUCGUGCUCCGGUGGCGCAGCGACAGCAGGAGGCCCCAUUAGCUAAAGUGGUGCUUCAGGCUAAGUACAGUUUCAGGUUAAGUACGGACCUCCGGAACAAAUUAAGUACUUAACCUGAGGUACCACUGUACAUUGUAUUUGGCUAAAUAAGUAGAGAGAGUAGCUUGUUGAUCAAGUUCUUCUCUGAGUACAGGUUUAUGCUUGACCUUUCCACACCAUUGUGGCCUAGCACGUUAGCCACAAGUGUAGUCAUUGUUGAGUGUGGCCAUCACUGAGUAUCUGAGCAGCUUCUGUUGACAGAAAUGUUGACAACAUAUGUUCAUAUUCACAGCCAAUAGAUCCUCCUCACACACACGUCUUUUUGACACUUUUGUAGAUGGCCAAACAAAUAGGAAUAAACUUCCUUUCCUGUUCAGUAAGACUCUUAUACUACCCUUAGCUUGUUUUCGGAACUGAAAAUGCUGCUUCAACUGUAAUGUUAAUCAACUUAAUGCUUAAGUGUGUUCUGGCAAGAAUGAAAUACAGUACAGAUGCUUCGUAUCAGCAAUGCAUAAUCUCAAUAAGCAGCCAAAUGAGUAAACAUUCACCAAGGGCUUUUGGCGAGCUGUGUAAUUUAAACACUUGCUCAAUUAAAGAAGUGGAUUUAGGAAUUUUUUUGCCACCACUAGUAGAAAAGUUGUCAAAUGAUCUUACAGUAUUUUGCUUUGUAUUCUCAAUGGUCUUAAAUUAGAGAGUUCUGCACUUUCUGUGGUUCUUCAGUAGUUGUUUGCUUCCCAAGACUGUCACUGGCUUGUUUUGGGUUGUUUCCUGGAGGUUUUAUAAUGCUUGAAAAGGUAUAGGCAAUGCAAAGAUCUAUUUAACUUAUGUCAAAAGUUAAGCGGUUGCAGUAUAAGGAGUCAGCAAUUAAUGCCAUGAAAUGCUUCUUUUUAAAAUUCCACACUGAGGUUUUAUUCUUUACAAUCUAAAGAAAACUUAACAGUGCAUGAAAACCAAGUGCUGUAUCACUUCCCUUCAUUGGUGUGUUUGUGUGCCAAAAAAGAAAAAAACAGAUGGCAAAUAAAACUAGUCUAGUUUGAUCAUUGUGCCCUCUUUCUCAUGCUGGGCCAACUACUGGAACAUCUAAUGUGAAAUGUAGCAUAACUUUCAUGUAGUACAUUGUUGUCUUUUCCACUGUGUAAUAGUGUAACUUAAGUAAUGGAAAGGAACAGAUGCUAAAGAUCAUCUUGUCUGUUCUGGUUAAAUGUGCAACUGGUAAGUCAGUAGGAGCUAAACUGGUUUAUGCCAGUUGGAGUUAUUAUUAAGAUAUGUCAGAUGCAUAAGCUAAGUAGAGUUAGAGAAUCUGAAGGCAGCCCUGUUUAGGGAAGCUUUUAAUGUUUGAUGUAUUACAGUAUUUUAAUAUUUUUUUGGAAGCCGCCCAGAGUGGCUGGGGAAGCCCAGCCAGAUGGGUGGGGUAUAAAUAAAUUAUUAUUAUUAUUAUUAUUAUUAUUAUUAUUAUUAUUAUUUAUUAAUCUGAGGCUAAGUUGUAAUGUAUAGAGCAAUACAUUUCUUACUGAAGAAAUUAAAAAAAAAAUUGGCAAUUUGAAAGUAUGCCUUAUGGUACUAAACUGUCUGUGGCGAUUCCUACCUGUAAUGUGUAUGGGUUGCUCGUGCGUAAGUUGCCGCCUCUCCAGGCUUUGUUGCCUUGCUAAACCUUUCAGUCUGGGCAGCCCUUCACUUUGUGGCUGCCUCAGUCGCUAGCAGAAUCCGUCAGUGGGCGUUUCUUAAAUCUUUUCCAACAUAAAAGUUGUUUGACACCCAGUCUCCUCCUACUCUCUCUGCGCGGAAGUCUUCUGCGCAGGGUGGGCGUGGGUAGCGGGGACCCGUGCUCUCCCCGCUGGUGUCCGGUGAAGAGUCCUGGAGCCCUCGCGCCGAUUCCCCAUCAGCCCCUCUUUAUCCCUGGUGUUGCGCUGAUUUGCUUCCCCAUCUGCGGAGCUGCCUCUCUCCCUGCUGGGCCCUUCUCCAGCAUCAUUUGAGAGCCUUCCCUCCGCUUCUAGCUCCGAUGUCAGUUCCCUGACACUACCAAAAACAGAAGUUAUCACUGUACACAAAAAAAAACCGCAAUGAAAAACAGCUGGCGUUUUACAGUAGCUCCUUUUUAAUCAAUAUUAUUAAUAAGAACAUAUUUGAUACUGAAAUAUGAGAGUUUAGAUACCAAGUUUAUUUCAGAGUCCAAUGAAACACGAAGGUUUGGAUCCUAAGAAUUGUGAGAUGGGUGUUUGGCAUGCAGAACGGGGCUUUGCUCCUGGCUGCCUCCUUUCUGCCACAGUCCCCCGUGCACCCUUUAAAGCUGUGGAAAAGUGGGCAAAGGAUUUGGGACAUAAUAUUCCACUGAGUCAUGUGAAAGAUUGUGGAGAGAGGAUUUAAAAUUUACGGCUUGUAGUUCACUUAAAGAAAAUUAUAUGAAAAUGAUGUACCAAUGGUAUUUGACACCAGUUAAACUUGAAGAAAUGUCUAAAAACUCUCCUAAAAUGUGUUGGAAAUGUAAAGAUAAAGAAGCUUUUUUUUCCAUAUGUGGUGGGUUUGCAAAAAAGCAAAGGGCUACUGGGAAAUGAUAUAUAAUGAACUUAAAAAAAAUGUUUAAGAUAACGUUUAUUUAAAAAAAAAACAGAAGCCUUUUCGGUUGGAAUAAUAAGUGAUGAAUUGCCAAGUAAGCUAAGGAGAUUGUUUACCUAUGUAUGCUGCUACAGCCGCUAGAAUGUUAUUUGCCCAGAAAUGGAAAGAAGAGGUCCCAAUGAAAGAAGAAUGCAUAAUGAAAAUGAUAGACAAUGCUGAAAUGGCUGAACUUACCGUGAAGAUCAGGCAUCAAGAUGAGAAGAAAUUCAGUGAAGAAUGGGAAAAAUUAUAGACUUAUUUUAAGGAAAACUGUAAGCAUGUUAAAACAUUAGCAGGAUUGAUGUAACAUUUAUGAUGUAAUUCUAUAAUUAGGUUUUAAAAUAUUUGGAAAUUAAAUGGAAAAAGUAAUUAUAUUCAAGGAAAUUUUUUGGAAAACGGGGGUGGGAAGUCAAAUAUGGUGUUAUUAUGAAUGGAAAAUUGUUGUUAUAUUGCAAAAUUUUAAAAUAAAAUAUUUAAAGCUGUGGAAAACUGUGAACUUCUCUUUGCAUGUCUCGGAGUGCUUUCUGCUUGCAGAUCUGCCCUUUUGGAUCCAAGCCAUGCCUUCAGGCAAUCUGCUGCUCCUUAAUUCUGAUCACUGGAAGUAUAUUGAAGGAGCAACAUCAAUCUUGAUAAUAAAACGAUUUACUUAAAGGACUCCUGCUUGAAAGGAAGCAUACACUCAAGGCAGGUCAGGAUGGAGAACCUGUUUUGCUACAAUGGCUGGGCCAUAAAUUGCUUCUUGUGACGCUCUCAAAAGCGAUGCUCAAUUGGUGAAUGAAUUUGUCUGGACUUUCCUAAUGUGUGUUCCCGUCACUUUUAUAUACAGUGGUGCCCCGCAAGACGAAUGCCUCGCAAGACGGAAAACCCGCUAGACGAAAGGGUUUUCCGUUUUGGAGGUGCUUCGCAAAACGAAUUUCCUAUGUGCUUGCUUCGCAAGAUGAAAAUGUUCCUGCGGGGUUUUCCCGCCCCCUUUUUCCCAAGCCGCUAAACCGCUUAUCAGCUGAUGGCUAAGCCGCUUAACAGCUGAUGCUAAGCCGCUUAUCAGCUGAUCAUUAAGCCGCUUAUCAGCUUAUCGUUAAGCCGCUUAUCAGCUGAUCCACUAAGCCCGCUAAGCCGCUAAUACUGUAGCACUAAUCCGCUAAUGGGCUUGCUUCGCAAGACGAAAAAACCCGCAAGACGAAGAGACUCGCGGAACGGAUUCUUUUCGUCUUGCGAGGCACCACUGUAAUAACAUGGACAUUUCAGAUACAAACUGUACCCACUUCUAACUAAUAAAGUAGCAACUAUAUGUGCCUCUUCCUCCCCUCUCCCCCCAUAUGUACAGAAUGGAACGCAUACUAAAGAGCUAACGCUAAUAAUGAUUCUUGAAUUCUUCAUAUUGUAUUAAUUGGCCCCAAAUUGGAAACUUCCUAGCUAAGAGCAGGGUGAUCAUUUAGCAUUUGAUAAUUCGCCUUUUGCCAUGAGAAUGCCUUUCAUAUUGCCUUCAUAAGAAUUGUAAGAUGUUUCUUACGAGGGCAUUGCUGCGGCAUUACAACAUUAAUUACAGAACAGAGAUGACUGAAGGCUAUACAUCAUUCCUUUUUAUGUUGAAUAAUGUUGGAGAACUCUUACUGAUUACUUGGAAAUUGCCCGUGUCCUCCUGCCAAAAGAGUUUCAAAAUGGCAGAUGUGGGAAUUCAGCCAUUAAUCAGAUGCUGAAAGCCCUGGGCUGUAAUUUGGUGGGAAAAAAUCAUAUAUAAUGUAAUGAUGGGCUUGACUGCUGGUGAGCUUAGCUUGCUUCUGCUGUAAAAUGCAAAAAAGCUGGAUAGUGGUAAUAUUUAAGCUCUAAUUAUAAUUAUUCCAUGUGGAGCCUUUCAACUGCUACCCUUUUUAUGGUCAUGUAUCAUUUAUGUGCCCUUUAAUCAUUCACUUCAAUCUUUAAUCUUUUAAAAGUAUAGACUUGGCCAUGUUAGAAUCAAUAGUACGUAAAUCAGGAUUUUUUAAAAUGACUAUUUUUAUUCAAAGAAUUUCAAAUAUGCAGAUAACAACCAUAGUAAUCAACAUUAACAAUUCAUAGCACAACUGUUGCAAUAACUGUACCAUGUUAAGUUAAACAUGUUGACUUAAAGGGUCUCGGCAAAAAUCACUAGGAGUUGAUGGAAGAAUUAUAGUGUGGCUAGAUUUAGUCACAUUAUUUAAAUUGGAAUUGUUUCAUGUAAACCUAAACAUUACUCUAUGAAGCCUUGUAUCAUAGAAGGAUGGAUAACAACUCUUCCAAACACAUGCUACCAACAUUAUUAUUAUUAUCUUAUUAAUAUCCUGCCCAUCUAGCUGGGUUUCCCCAGCCACCCUGUACUGUUUACAGCACAUAAAAACAUAUGCAUAUGCAACUCACUAGAAAGAAUAUUUUAAGUUGUAUGUGUGAGAUGUCCAUAUCAGGGGUAGACAACUUCUAGCCUAUGGGCCAGUCUUGUCCUGCGAGGGCAUUGUGUCCCCAAAACAUGGUCACCUGUCAAUGAGCUGAUGUUGCUGGUUAACAUCAGCUGAUGAGCAGGUGGUAGGGUUCAAUUCUGCAUUGGGUGUGGGAUGUGCCACCUCUGCUAAUCUCAGUCCAGGUUGGCUAAUACAAGGAAAGUUGUUCCAUUAGAUACUUGGUUGCCAAGCCAUUUAGGGCUUUGUGUAUCAGCAUUAGUAUCUUAAUUUGGGUCUGGUUGUGUUUAACAUGAUUGCACACAGCAUUCUCACAACCACAGUCUGCACAAGCUGUAGGAUAGACUGUCUUCAAUGGUAGCCUUAUGUAGAGAGUCUUACAGUAAUUAAGAUGCAAGGUUACUAGAGCAUGUGAAAUUAUAUAAAAUACUUGCAAGGUUGAGCAGAAUCAAGAGCAGAGGUGGCCACUUUUGUGGCAGGGAAAUGGGUAUCAUUGCAGUAUCUUUGUAUAAACCAGCAGAAGAGCAGAAAAAUAACUCUUCCUAAACACAUCUGUUUAAUUGAGUUAUUCGUGGCUGUAUGUAACUUGCAGCCAAACAGCAGCUGGUAUAGAUGUAGUUAUCUCUCUGGACAUUUUUGUCUGUUUUGAUUCAUGUUUGCUCUAGUCUGUGACUCUCAACUUCCAUCUGCUACUACCCUAUAUUAUUAACAGGUAGUAGCAGAUGGAAGUUGAAAGGCUACUGUAAAAGUCUGAUCAAUCAGUGCAGUCUUACAAAUCUGAAUGCAGAAUGAGAUUUUCCCCUUUCUGGGUGAUAAGCACAAAUUCCUUUAUAAGGUACACAGGAAAUUGAAUGAGAAAUGAGCAGUAAGCCAUCUUAUACUUUCCCAUUCCCCUUGGAGAAUAUUUGAUCUUAUCAGUGUAGAUGCUGUACAAUGGUUUCUCUGUGUCUGUAAUAAUUUGUUACCUAAGUUACACUUGAGUUGCUGUAAUGAAAAAUGAUGAACUGUGUGUGCUAGAGAAUCAUCAGGCUUGCAGAAUGCUGAAAGACUGGGGCUGCCUUAAAACCUUGUUGUCCAAAGUAUGUUGCAUAUAUUAUUGCUAUUAUUUAUUUACUGAGAAAAUGUCUUCGCUGCCUCACAGCCUCCAAGGGGCCAUAUGAAGAAGCUUCCAUAAUUUAAAACACAAAUACAGUAAAUGCUAAAUAAAAAAACCAAACAAUCUCAAAUUAAGUGAAAUUUAACACAGAGGGUCCAUAAAAUGAUUGAGUCAUUUUAAAGUAUAGUGCCAAUUCACUAUCUUUGAAUAUUACAUCAUUGUUCAUAUAUAAAUACUGACUAGUUCUACUUUAAUGCUUACUUUUUGACCUACUUCUCUGGAAGUGUUAGCAGAUUUUUGUCAGCUUUGUAUUAUAAGGCUUGCCAGCCAAAUAUAGAGGUUCUUAGGAUUCUGUGCUCCUGUAAAAGGCACUCCAUAAAAUGGCCAAACCAUGUCAUCUUUUAUAGCUGUCAUGCAGUACUUGCAUUAAACUUGAUAUAAUGAAUUUCUUUUUGCAUUCCCAUCCCUCAUUCCAAAAGAAAAGUGCUUGCUAAGGGACAGAUAUUAUGGUUUCUGCUAUCAUACAGGCUUUCCUAGGACUGAAAAGUAUAAUGAAUUGAUACCCCUGUCUUCCCUCCUUUCUAGACCUCCUCCCAUCUUAAAUUACUCCCAAGUGCAAUAAUACCCUACUGGAUAAGUUAUGAAGAAGAUAGCUGUAUUUUUUAUGUUUAAGAUUUCCUCUGUGUGUGAAUAUGAAGACAUUUUCUACAUAAUCAACUAGCUAUGAGCAGGUGUGCAUUCAUCCAUCAUUAGAAUGUUUUGUUAAGUAUAAUGGAAAGGUAACUAUUUUUCUAGUUCAUAUAAUACAAAUUAGGGUAGAGGCAAAUAUAUAUUUUUAGUCACAAUAUUCCUCACCCCCCCCACACACAUUUAGCAUAAACAGUUGAUGUGGUUAUUAUCACUUCAUUCCUCUAACGGCUAUAAUUGCUUCCUUUUCUGGCCUUCCCGUCCAGAAAAGGCAGUGAUAAUUAAGAAAUAAAUUCACUGUGUGGUUGUGCUAAUAGUGAAAGUAGCCUUGUGGCCACUUAACCAGCCCAAACUCCCAAAUCUACUGACUCCUCUACCAGUGGAGAAGAACCAAGACACCUAUGUGAGGAACUGGAAGAAAUGUAGCUCUGUCGUAGGAUGUGAUUAUAAACAUCAUGUGGUGUGGUCUGGAUGGGAGCAGGAAAGAUGUAUGAUUAUUAUUCAUUAAUUAAAUUUAUUGGUCACUUUUUCUUGUCAAAGGCAAGUCGAAACAACUUACAACCGGAUAAACAAAGUCCCACUUGUAGAUGUAUAUAUGUGUAGUUCAGGACUUCACUUGCAAUCUAACGAGUUCAGGGAUUGUAGUUUCGUUUGCAGCUGCUUCCCACUACAUCCCACUUCAUAAAUUAAUGCACUCAUCUCAAUAUUAUGAGAAUGAGGCUUCCUGUAGAAACAAUAAAAUCCAGAGGCAUAUGUUAUGAAUACUACCUGUGCAGGAGAGUGAGCCGUUGUGGUGAUUUUCAGCUUAUCAAUUUUAAAGCAGUAAUGAUUCUUUGUUUCUCCAAUACUAUUUCAUAUGAUAAUCCUUCCCUCCAUUCAAAAGAUGAAAUGGUUGUACUCUAUCGCUCAAGCUCAGAAGGCCUCAUCUGCACCUUAUUCUUCUUAGAGUCAAAGACUGGGGAAGGAUGGAACAUUUACAUCCGCAAUAACCAAUGCAGUCUCAUAUUGGUUUAUAUUGAAGCUUAAAUUGCAUUUGAGACUCACUCUCUUUGUGUUAAUGUAAGAGAGUGGUUAAUGUAAGAGAGGCGUUUGUAACUCAGAUAAACUUUCUGGCUAGUAUGGGGUCUUUCUUGGCAUUAGAAACUUGGAAGGAAGCAAGAACCACCACAAGCUCUUUUGUAAGAAUGCUGUUGCAUGCAGUUAUAUACCUUCAUUACCUUUUAUUUUUUUCACAGCAUGCUGUCAACAGGCAUUAAUUUUCCUCCAGAGUUUAAAGCAGCUUAAUGAGCCAAGUGGGCAUAUUUAAUGUCUAGCUUAAGACUGAAGAAAUACAGCUAACCAAAUAAGCCUCAUUUUCCAGGCAUUCUUUCCCAGGUUGGAAGGAAAUAGUGUUGACAGCAGCAGAGUACUAGGUAGAGAGCAGGUGGGAUCUAAACGGUAGCCCCUUCAAGUAAGACUGAACCUGAUUGUGUUCAGCUUGCCGGCAUUCGUGCAGAGAUGCUUACCUAGUUGACUGCUCCUGCUUUGAAUGUUUGCCCAGUUCCUAAUGUGAAGGGACGCUCUACUGGUAAGUGACUUCCAUUUUAUGCACAGCUGAAGCUAAGUGGUGGAUCAAAUGCUUUGUAUGUACUAGGUCCAAGAUUCAAUCCCUGGUAUCCCCCAGAUAGCUCCUCAACUCAUGGCCAGAUAGAUAUCCUAUGGAAUAUUCUGCUCAAGUUUUUUGUUUUUGUUUUUUCAGAAAUUAUAGCACAGAUAAACCUGUUAUAUAUUUUGCACUUGGGAAUGCAGAUUUUCCAAGCUCAACUCAAAACUGUUUUGGGGUUUUUUUGUUUUGUUUUUUAUAUAUAUAUAAAUAUACAUUAUAUGAAAGGCACUAUUUUAAAAAAAAAUGCAGUAAAGAAUAUAGGGGAAGCUGGAAACUUCUGAGAGGAAUUACUGGCUUCCUUGAGCUCUAUUUAAUCUCCUUGUGUGUCCUUGGGGAACUUAAAAGAGUGGGCAGUAAAACUGUCUCGCUAGUAAAGUUGCCUUGGAACUUGUGUUUUCUAAUAAUGCUUUUGCCAUUGGUGGCUUUAUGAAAUAGUGCAAUCUAAGAGUUCUAGUCAUCUACAAGUAGGCACAAAAGAUGUAUAGUACUUCAAAAGAGAAGGCAGAGAGUCAGAUGAAGAUUUUAUUUCAUAAAAUAAAUUGCACAGGAUUAAGACAUAAUUCAGCAUCAGAUUGUUUACUUCAUCCUGUGUCUUCAGUCCAGAGGCUCACUGCAGAUCAACAGCAAAGCAUGAACAACACCAGCACUACCAUUGCAGGUGUGUUAUUCCUGCAAACUCAGCUGGGCAUUCUUGUUGAUAAAGCCUAAGGCUUGGUAUGCUAUAAUUAUUUAAAAUCAAAUGUAGUUUUCAACUGCAAUUCUGAAUAAUUAUAAUAGUGGAAUUCUUGGCACUUUGGGCAUAAUUUUUUUUAAGCCUUUUUAAAUAAAGUAGGUAUUAUAGCACUGUUGGAGAUGGUAAUGCAACAUACUUCUCCCAUGGAAAUUUCAGUACAGUGGUACCUCUAGUUGCAGACUUAAUCUGUUUUGGGGUGCCAUUCGCACCCCGAAAAGUCCGCAACUAGAGCUCCUCUUCUGCGCAUGUGUGCGAAGUGAUCAAGCGCUGAUGUGCAUGUGUGAAGUGAACAUAUCGCUCAUGCGUGAAGCGCGUAGGUUGCUUCUGUGCAUGUGCGGGUGGCGAACCACGUUCGUAAGCUGAAAGUCCAUAACAAGAGCGGAACACAACACAAAGUAUGACUGUAGAUUAUAAAUAUCUUUUGUAGAUCAGUGCCAUAUUUUUCUCAUCUGUAGCCUUAUAUUUUUUUAUUAUUUUAAAAAGACUCAUUUCCUUUUUUAAUUAUUUGCUUAGCCGUGCUUGUCGUACACACUUUCACUUAAGCAUAUCAGCAAGGUGCUCCCUUUCAUUUCCAACAAAACUGAAGGGAGCAUUUGCUCAUUUGCCAAUAAGUGCCGCUUUGGGAAUUUUAAUGUUUUGCUACAACAGAUAUCUUAAAUUAUGUAAACUGCUGCUUCCUGUCCUCGAUACCCAUUUUCUCCCUUUUUAAGUCUUUUUGUUGAAUUUCAAUUAAUUCAAAGUGUAAGAGGAGUUUUGUAAUGGAAAACAAGCGCGCUGAGUUUUCGAUUGGGACAUGUGGUUUACUGAUGCUCUAGAUUGGUCCUUGCAUGCUAAUUGAGCAGUUAAUAAAGUGGAUGUUGGCAAACCGUCGAUACUUUUUUUGGGAGAUGUUUGUGUGUUGCCAUUACUGUGCUCUCCUCUUUGGGCUCACCUCAUACUGGUCCUGUAUUCACUGUGUUCUGCAUUGUAAUCAGGCAGAAAUCAACAGUUUGGCUGUACUGCAAUCAAUAAAACCUGCUGAGUGUUAGCUUCUUGUUCUUUCUUUCCUGCUUUAAUUUAAAACCUUGGUAUGGGUCCUCCCUCCCUGAGGACUAUUUUUGCAGUGUACAGUCUUCUGAUUUGUCUUAAAGAGACGAGAUGGCAUUUCAUUUCUCAAAAACAGCAUGUAUAAUAGGAAGGAACUCUUGAGGCAUCAGCUCUAGUGGUGUAUUGGUGCCAUUUCAUAGGGAGUUGUUGGAGUACAGAGCCACAAUCUGAUAAUACGUACUCACAACUGCAAGCAGCUUUUAUUGGCUGGGCAAAAGUUUCAUUUUACCCGCAGCUGCAUUUUGCAAUUUUAGAUCUGGGAAAAUGCAAUUUCCUUGCCCCGGGUGGAUGAUUGCAAUCUGGAUCCUUUUGGGAUAAGGGUUGCAACCACUGUACAAUCCCUAAGAAAGAAUAACUUAAGCUGAAAAAUAUCAAAAGAGCCACUGCUAGUGUCUUUCUAACUAACAAAAGGAUCGAGGAGAAAAUGAGUGGAUAAUCCAAAUUUGCGUCCUAUGGUAUCAUUGUAGGUGCCCAAGCAUUUACCGCUCCUUCUGACCAGUUCUGGCUUGAACUGUACUAUUCCUUGGUGUUGUGAAUGCCCAAGAAAUAGUAUAUGUCAUAGCAGAAUAGAUCUGCUAGACUGCUUAUUGGGACCAGGCUUUAUAGUUUCUAGACCCAGUUUUUAAAGUACCUUUUGAAAGCCCUUCAGGUCUUGGUGUAUCUUCAGGAUCGCUGUCCCCAUAUAUGCUUUGCUCUGCUUUGAGAUUCUCCUACCAUCUAAGGUGCUUGUUACUCCCGGUGAGAGGGCCUUUUCAUUGGUGGUGCCCCGGUUUUCCAAUGCUCACCCCAGAAAGGAUUAUGUGGCAGCCUUUAACUCCUGUUGAUCUGUUUUGUUUGCAUUCUGCUUAUGUAGAGGUGCUGCUUUUUUGGAAGGGGGGUAAGUCACUCUGAUAAUGUAUAUGAAGCGUAAGGCGAAAAUGUACCUAAGCGACAAAUACUUUGAAAUGCCGCAUAGUUUGCUCACCCUUGCUGAAAGAGGGUGUUAAGAACAAGGUUUGUGUGCUGAUUUCAUUGUCACUGACAUUUAACUUGGAAAACUGCAAACGAAGGAUUGAAUGCAGAGGUCAGGAGAGGCAAAUGCCUACAACAAUUAGACUUAAAACUUGAGUUUGAUGGAAGUAAAUAAGAACUGGCAAUACUGUUUUGCAAUUGCUUCUAACAAUUUGAUCUGCCAACAGAACUGUGCUUUUGGCAGGUUCAUUGGUGACAGAUGUAUAACUUCAACAGUGAUGGAAUGUAUUUCAUUACAUUACUUUCAAAACUGGUAGGUUUUGUUGGGUGUGUGUGGAAAUGCUACAGAAUGACAAGCAAAUUCUAUUCAGCAUUAUAGCCAGUUUAAUCAAGGUGCUAACUAGUCAGCUUGUUUAUACUUGAUUAUACAGAGACGCAGCUGACACUGUUGUCUAAACCGCUGAGCCUCUUGGGCUUGCCGAUCAGAAGGUCAGCGGUUUGAAUCCCCACAACGGGGUGAGCUCCCGUUGCUUUGUCCCAGCUCCUGCCAAACUAGCAGUUCGAAAGCAAGUCAGUGCAGGUAGAUAAAUAGGUAUUUCUGCGGUGUGAAGGUAAACGGUGUUUCCAUGCUCUCUGGUUUCCGUCACGGUGUUCCGUUGCGCCAGAAGUGGUUUAGUCAUGCUGGCCACAUGAAUCGGAAAGCUGUCCAUGGACAAACACCACCUCCCUCGGCCUUAAAUGAGAUGAGUGCCACAACCCUAUUGUCUGGACUUAACUGCCCAGAGGUCCUUUAUCUUUUUUUGUUUUAACCUUACUUUAUUAUACCCAAUACUAUGGGCAACAUCCAAUGUUAGCCAUACUCAGAGCAGACCCAUUGAAAUCAGUGAACAAGUUAAGCCAUCCUUUAAUUACCCCACCUUUCUCUCAAGGGUUGCUUGCACCAAAGUCAAAAUCUUAGGCCAUUGCCAAUGUGUCUUUGUAGAGAAUAAAGGAAUUGUAGGAGGGCAGGGGAGAGAGAAUUUGGCUUCUGUUGUACUUCCACAGCAAUCAGUUUAUUCACUGCCUGCAACCAGAGCAGAAUAAAAUGUGAGAAAGGAGCUAGGAUUCUCCCAGCAGCCCCUAUGAAUUUGAAGCAUUUAGAUUAAAGACCACUGAGGCUGCAAUCCUAAAGAGACCAAUGGGGCUUUCUCCCUACCACAAACCAAUUGUGUUAAGACCAGGUAUUAGGCAGAAGGACUCAUAUUCAAACAUCACUGGGUAACUGAGAAGCAAAUUAUGUACAGUGGUACCUCAGGUUACAUACGCUUCAGGUUACCGACUCCGCUAACCCAGAAAUAUUACCUCGGGUUAAGAACUUUGCUUCAGGAUGAGAACAGAAAUCAUGCUCCGGCGGCGCAACAGCAGCGGGAGGCCUCAUUAGCUAAAGAGUUGCUUCAGGUUAAGAACAGUUUCAGGUUAAAAACAGACCUCCGGAACAAAUUAAGUACUUAACCCGAGGUACCACUGUAGUGGGGUUUGUGGAAAUAUUCCUCCCCUUACCUCUGCUCCCUCUCUCUCAGACUUCAAUGUCAGAUACCUAUAAAAAUGCUGUGUUUUUGUUGAUUCAAUCUCAGUCUUUAAUCUAAAGAUACACGCUGUAUAGAUGCUAAAGCAGAGGGCCAGCCCAAUACAUUUUGGCACCUGAGGCGAAGCACAAAAUGGCGCCUAUCCCAUACAUGGGAAGAAGGGGUGAGUGAAGAUCCAGAUCAGGAACAACCAGGGGAGGAGACCAGCAGCACCUCCUAUUUGCCUAGAGGCUGCUGUAGAGAUGGCCAGAUUCGGCCUCCAAGAAGUUGGCAGCAGCAGCAGUUGAUGCAUUCCUUGGAGGAUCUUUUGCCCCUGUGAAUUCUGCCAUCUGAUAUGGUUGCCCCACCUUCCCUCAUGGUUGGGCUGGCCCUGUGCUAAAGCAACUUUGAGCUGAAUGGAACACGUUAACUCUUUAUUCCAUUUGUCUCUCAGAUUGUAAUCAUCCCAUUUAUAACACUCCAAUAAAUAUUUAUAAACAACUAUUAUGGGUUUAGUUCUGAUUAUUUCCUCCUGCAGUAUAGAUGUUGCACUUCUGAGGGCGGCAGAAGUACCAAGUGAGCCCACUCUGCUGACUUUAACACCAAAGAAGGUAAUUAGGGAUGGAGGCAGUUUUUCAGAUAUUUGGGGUCUAAACAGAUUUUAGAGUAUGAUCAGACUUCAUUUUAUUCAUUGCCUUUCAAAAAGGAUUUUCUUCAGUCAAAGUACCAGGCUUUUAUUGCUAGAGAAUGAAGGUAGACUUAAAAAUUGAGACAUAAAAUGUGUCUAGCAAUCGUUACUUUGAAGGGAAUCCAAUCAAUCUUUGAAAUGUCCAAUACUGUACUGAAACCUAUAAAAUACCAAGAGUAAUUUAAAGCCUAUUCAGAAAUUAUGCUAGUAGGCUAGUAGGGACAUGAUAUUGAAGUGAUCCAUGGAAUGUGUCAGUCUGAUGAUGAGAUUGGGAGAAAAAUGAGUGAGGCAAAUGGUAAAACAAAUAAAUGCUAUUAACAAACUUAAUUGCUUAUCCUUCAUGUAGUGAGGAUAUGGAGUUAUUUGUUCUGAUGGAUAUUCUGUACUCAUUGUUUCAUGGAAAAUAUUUGAAUUAGGGUAAAUGCUUUUGGAGUAGCUUGUAGGAAGCUUGCACUGGGUUCUGUGCAACUCCUUGCUUGCUGAAAUGUUUCCCCCUUCAUGAAUUCUGCCAGAAUUCAGUAUUUAACAUUGCACAUGUGUGUGUGUUUUAAAGGGGUAUAAACAAAAAAAUGCUGAAAUUACCUUGAGCUGUGUUUAAGCAAGGAAACGUAUGAGGGUUGUUGUUGUUUGCAUAAAUGUGGCUCUCUUACAGUUUCACCCCUAAGGUUUGUGCCUCGGGAUUACUGUACCUAGGUACAAUUGCAACUUCCUUCUAAGAAAGGACAGCUGCUUCAAAGUUAAUAAAAGUUAAAAGCAAACUAUUUAACAACAUAAAACAAGAAGCCUUCAUUCUAGGAAGUACCUUCAGUGUUCUUGAAGGGUUUGGCUGUAAUCUUUUUCUGGAUUUUCUUGCCUGUAUAGCAGUGUUAGUCUCGUUCUUUGUAGACAUGCUAUGGGGAAACUUUCCUGAUAUAAAACCUUCAUUUAUAUAAAACAUCCUUCUAAGAAAUGAAAAAGUUUGUUCGAUAUCCAUUGUACAGAUAUCCUGCUGAAACCUGAAGAAUUUUUAAAAGGGGCAGUAAGAACAACAACCCAGUGGCUUGGAUCCAAAGAGCCUGCUGUGUAAUCAGAAGGGACUUUACAGUGGUGCCUCGCAAGACGAAAUUAAUUCGUUCCGCAAGUCUCUUCGUCUUGCGAGUUUUUCGUCUUGCGAUGCACGGUUUCCCAUAGGAAUGCAUUGAAAAUCACUAAUGCGUUCCUAGGAAACCGCUUCAGACCAGGUCCGGGGACAGUCUGUCCCCGGACCUCUUCUGAAGGCUGGGGGGGGGGGCAAGGGCUUUUCUUCCCACCCCCAGCAUUUUAAAAAACCCCGGGACAGCGGAGGACUUCUCCGCUGUCCGGGCGAUCUUAAAAUGCUGGCGGGCGGCUUUUAAAUUGCCCCGGACAGCGGAGAAGUCCUCUGCUGUCCCGGGCAAUUUAAAGCCCCUGGGAAGGCAGGCAGGGGGACAAAGACUUUUGCCCCCGCCAGCCUUCAGAAGAGGUCCUGGACCUCUUCUGAAGGCGGGCGGGGGCGAAAGUCUUGCUCCCCCGCCUUCAAAGCCCUCCGGGACAGGCAGGCAGGGGAGCAAAGACUUCGCCCCCGCCCGCCUUCAGAAGGUCUUCCCUCCCCCCGCCCGGCUCGGAGCACCGCUCCGAGCCGGGCGGCGGCGGGAGGUCUUCCCUCCCCCCGCCCGGCUCGGAGCACCGUCCCGAGCCGGGCGGCGGGGAGGUCUUCCUCCCCACCGCCCGGCUCGGAGCACCGCUCCGAGCCGGGCAGAGGCGGGAGGUCUUCCUCCCCCCGCCCGGCUCGGAGCACCGUCCCGGGCCGGGCGGCGGCGGCAGGUGUUCCUCCCCCCGCCCGGCUCGGAGCACCGCUCCGAGCCGGGCGGCGGCGGCAGGUGUUCCCUCCCCCCGCCCGGCUCGGAGGAGCCUUCCGGGCCCGGCGGCGGCGGGAGGAGGUGUCCCCGCCCCGCCGCCAGGCUUCGGAGGAGGUCCGAGGACAGUGGGGAAGACGCGCUGCGCUUCCCCGCUGUCCCUGAGAUUUCCUAUGGGCUGUCGUCUUGCGAAGCAAGCCCAUAGGGAAAUUCGCUUAUGGAGCGCCUCAAAACGGAAAACCCUUUCGUCUAGCGGGUUUUCCGUCUUGCGAGGCGUUCGUCUUGCGGGGUACCACUGUACUUGUUUAGUGGAAUUUUUGGAACUAAGCCCAUAUUUACUUAGCGUGAUGAAUUAUGUCAUGCAUUAUUUAAACUGGUUUUAACCACCCAUACAGCUUUUCUUCUCUUUGAUUUCUUUGAGGGCAAGAUAGUGAGCUUGUAGAGGUUUUACCAAUGGAAUUGUUAUAGCCUGUAUUUCAGCAGAAUACUUGUCAGAUUUCAAUCAUUAUUUUCCCACUAUUGCUUUUGUUGCCUCUUAUAUGCAGACACCACUAGCUGAAGUAAUUUUGCUGAAUUCUUGAUAGUGUUGUGAGUUUGAUGGGGGGGGCUCAGUCUAUAUGGUGCUUAAAUACCUUCUAAUCCCCCUGAAUUGAGCUAGGGUUAAAAUCUAAUGGAGGAUUCCAUUGUUGAAUUAGCCAUACAAGGAUCAUAGUUGCCACCUAAGUAUGAUCAUUAGUAUGGCAAAGGAGGUCGUUCUGUGCCAGAGGGCAAAGGAGUGGACCCUCUCCCUCACCCCUCCUUCACCUGAGAAGGACAUUAGCCAGGGUUGUGUGUGAGAGCUGGGCUAGAAGCAGGCGGAACUGGAACCAUGCUUAAUUUCGCCUUGAAUCCAAAAUUGUGACUAUGGGAAGCAAGACCAUCUUGGGGUGUUAAGGCUCUGAACCCCUCCAUCAUAGGCUGAAGUUGUAUGUAUGAGUCAUUCCACUACUGCCGCCAUUGUGCAUCAUGAUGUUGAUAAUAUUCUUAGCUAUAUUGUAACGAUGUAAUGAAAUAGAAAACAGUGUAGAAUACUUUCAAAUGGAGGAAAGGUAAAGGUAAACGUACCCCUGACCGUUAGGUCCAGUCGCGGACGACUCUGGAGUUGUGUGCUCAUCUCACUCUGUAGGCCGAGGGAGCUGGCGUUUGUCCGCAGACAGCUUCUGGGUCAUGUGGCCAGCAUGACUAAGCCACUUCUGGCGAACUUAUUUGUUUUUAAUUUAUCAUUCAGGUUUGUUUGUUUUUAAUCUUUCAAUUCCAGAACUGUAAUCAUCAGUUCAAAAAAAUGAAAAGAAUGUAUUUUAAUAAAAAAUAAUGCUGGUCAAUAAAAGCAAUAUGUAACAAUUAGAUACAAAGUUUAAAUUGUUCUAAAAUUAAGAGAAUAGAUCCUGCUUGUUGCAUCUUACAGCCUCUAUAGAGGCUUUAAAUUACAAGCCCAUGAAACAAGUCCUUAGAUGGUUGAAUCAGAACUGUAACAAUUUCAACUUCCAUACUAGAGAACUCAUAUUUUCCAAGACAAACUGGUAUUUUAUAGGCAAACUCAGCGGUAAUCACUGAUAAAACUGGUAUCCUACCAUGCUCUUGUUUGAUACAUUAGCCAAAAUGCUCUGUUUGGGUUUUUCUUGCAAUCUGUAGAGGCUCAUUCCAGAUCAGUCUUCAGCUCUUGAAUCAUGUCACUCCUGCCUUGAGUGUGAGAUUAAUUUUUAUUUCCUCCAAUUGCAGAAAGCUUGGCUCCCAGCACACACUCAUUUAUCUGAGCAGCAGUUCAACAUGUAAUUGCAGGCUGCUGGAGUUUUGUUAUUCAUGUUUUUAAACAAGAAACUUCAACCUAUGUAGAAUGCAGAAGAGCAUUGUUAAUAGUCAAACAAACAAGCGCUAAUGAAAAUUAUAAAUGGACACAGAUCUGACAUAAGAAAUGACAAUACUAAAUAAAAAGUAGUGAAGCAACACUUCAUUCUCCCAGGACACCCUGUAUGUGUUCUUAUGUGAACAAAGAAACUUCAGAGGGAAACUGCAACCUGAAACUGCUGAAUUACAAUUCAGCAAGAGAUCAAAUUCUAUGAACUGUAGCUUGAACUGGCUCAAAGGUUGUUUUUUAUUAUUAUUACUCUACAUGUGUAAAUUAGCUUAUGAGUACCAGGAUGUCUAUUAUCAACAACUUUUGCCAGUGAGUAUUGUUAAUAUUGCUACCUGUACUUUUUGCAUUUUGUUUUUAUCUGACCCAAUUAUUUACACCCCUACCCCCCCAAAAAAUACUUUGUGUAAAUACCUGUAUCUUAGGAUAACAGUACAUGCAUCUGUCAAUUCCCAUAAAAGCCCUUACCACAAUAAAUUUGCUACCUUUCAAGGUGCCACAAGACUCUUCGUUGUUGUUGUUUUGUGUAGCAGACUAACAUGGCUACCCCAUGGGGGGGGUUAAAUUCUGACAGUAUCCUAAGUAAUAUUUUCCAUAAGCACUUUCUGUACAGUACAUAACCAAAUAAUAUUUUUUUAUUUUAAAAAAUGUACUAUAAUAAACUAAGUAGAAACUUUUCCUGUGAUUAAGCGGAAACACAAUCAUACCAUAAAUUCACUAAAGAUUGAAUCAACCAAAAAAUCACUGGGCAGGAAUGUUCUCCAUCAUUCUUGAUCCCAGGGUGGGUUACAAAUGUAUAAAAACAAUAAAUGUUCACAGAAUAUAAUAAUACACAACAAGAGCAGAUAAAACCAAUACUCAAGCCAGUUAAAAUUCAUUCCUGUGGAUGGUUCCAUUAAAAUCUUUAAGGGUUAGGAAAAUAAGUUUUGAGCAUGCACCAAAAGCCUGCAAACAGCCUGACUUCCAAGGAGAGGGUGUUCCACAUUCAAGAACACCACCACUGAAAGAGUUAAUUUUCAUGUUGCUACAUAAUGCACCAAUGCUGGAUACAGGACACAGCAGGUUGUAGAAGGAUGUGGAUCCUUUUCGUAGAACAAAAUUUGUGUGCCCGCACAACAGGUUCUUGCUUCUUUGGAGCCCAAAUUGAUCAUGCAGUGGUAUUAACCAGAGAUGGAUAGCUCCCUCCCCUGCCCCCUAAGACAUCAGUGGCAAAUGUACUUGUUAAGUUGUGGGUGAACAUAUCAGACAACACAGCGAUUCUUCAAACAGCUCUUGUUUAUUCACAGGCCAGAACAGAACUGAACUGAAGGGUUCAGCCAGCCUGCUUAUAUAGAGCUCCAGUACAACGUAACUGUAACAACUUUCUGUAACUAUCCAAUCACUGAACGUCACUUUCGAUCCCUUAUUUGCAUAUGUGGACCUGAGUAAAAACUAUCUACAGUAUCCCCCUGCUGGCCCAGGGUGAGAACUUCAGUACAUAACAGUGCUGAAGAAGGGCAAAGACUUUCUGAUGAUCCUACUAUUUAUGCACUGUGACUAUUGGAAAACCUAAUUAAAUGAACUAAAGGAGACCGGUGGCUCUUUCUGUCAUCGCCUAUCCCUUAAUCUACUAUAGUAGUAAGCACUGUAUGGUAAACAUUGGGAGUUCGUGUAUAUCAUAAUCCAAUAUGCUCUUGGCAGAUUGAUUGUGUUGAGCAAGCAUUGGCACUGUUCACCGUUAGCCUCAGUUUAUCUGCCAAGCCCCUGUAUACCAAACAGCAUUUCCCAUUAACCAAGCAGUUGGCUUGAUAAAUAGUUGCAGUGCCUGAUUGCUUAGCCGACUGCUACUUGCUUGCACUCAAUUUCUAGCAUCCGCAGCAACCUUUUUAUUGCUUCACAAUUCAUUUGUAUUGGGGGUUGUAAAUCAAAUUUGAGAUGAUGAAGCAGCAAAUGUGCUGUGUGUGUGGGUGGGUUAACGUUCAUCAGUUAUUUUACAAGCAAAGAAUAGGGGUGGCCCUCACAAGCACUUGGGCAAUUUCAAAAGCAAAUGAGAGUAUUAAAUUGAUUACAUGGAGACAAGGUUAUUACUCGGAAAUUUGGCUAGAACUCUUUUAGCAUAAUGAAAUAAAACUCUACUAGAAUUUGGCAGCAGGGUAUAGUAACCAGAACCACAAAUAAUUGGAUAUUGACUGAAAGCAGAAAUAAUGGGUCAUUGGUAGAAGUAAACAUUUCCUUUAAGGCAGGAAUAAAGCAGACUUUCCUUGUUUUUGGUAAUUUCCUAGUUUGUUCUAUUCUGUUUGUCUUGCUUCAAAACAGACUCAUUCUCAAAUUUGAGGUGUUCACUUUUGAUUAUUAUUGUUUUUGUAAGGUAACUAUUCUAACCAAAGUUGCUAUAUGUGCAUUUCUUAACAAUCAACACAAAAGCUUUUUACUAUUUUAAGCACCUAUACCAUGAUAGUACCCACAUCCGUAGUAGUUAUGGCUGCUUGAGAGACCAGGUUCUCCUUUGUGUAUCCAUAUAGCUGUGCUGGUUGUGAUAGAUAUAUUAAGAAACAGGAAUAAAAGUAGUCCUUCAUGCCAAGAUUUCUAAUUUUUUAGUGCAGCGUGCAUCAGUAUUAAGGUUAUUCAUUUGAAAUUCUUGUCUCAAUGUCAAACCCAGUUACAUGAAUGACCUCCUCUGCGUGUCUGUCAGGUAAUCAAUUUCUCAUGGGAUCAUAUCAUCCCUUGUGAACCACUUUUGCCCCAUGGGGGUGCAUGUGAAAGUCCAGACUGCCAAUUAGAAAUGCUUGUGUGUCAUAGUUUGUUGGCAUCCAUCUGUGUGUCAUAACUUUAGCAUUAAUUUGCAGUGGAGAGGGUGGAUUUAAAGUAGCAUUUUCACCUUGCCGUGUUUUUGUGUCACCAACCUUGUACAAGAAUUGCUGUAUAUUACCUAAUGUGGUUUUUUCCAUAUAUUUAUACACAUUUAAAUAGCAUUUUUCAUGUUUUUUAAAUAAAUCCUCUGAAUGGAAGUAUAGGGAACCUUAUCAUUUAACAUUGUAGGCUUUCUUAACAGUUCGCUUUCCCUGCCUUCCCAUGAAAGUUGAUUAUGUUCAAAGAAAGCUAUGUCAGUUUCACAGAUACCAGGAUGACCUCAGCCAUCUACUUUUCUCUGCUACCAUUUUCCCACCCAAAAGGGCAUGCAUGUUUACCUGUAUAGUAAGAUGGACUAGAAGGAUUCACCUGUAUCCAGUGUAGUGAGAGUGCAGAACGGAACGGCUAGCAUUUUUUAACAGGUUGGUCAAAGAGUGUCUUCUCCUAUGCUAGCUGAAGAUGUGUGGUGGCAUUGUGGAACUCUUAACAGGAUAACCUGUGAAUUGUGCUUGAGUGCAUUGCAUGAAAUAGGGAAUCUUCAUCAGUAGUAAUUAGAGAGCACUUUCAAAAUUGCACAUAUAGUUUUUGGCCUUCCACUUCUGCAGUCCCAACAAGUUCAGCAGCAUUUUGCUGUAGUGCAGUUUGUUUGCUGAUGUUUGAAACACCAUGAGAGGAAAAGCUUGCAGAGAUUUGGAGUAGUAAAUGUUGGUGGGGAUAAUGUUACGCAUUUGCCUUUUUCCUGCCUAUAUAUAUCACUCAAAAUGAGUUGGCACCAAAGCUGCUUUUCAUAAGAAAAACCAACUGCUGGGAGCUGAAAUUCAUAGCUUGUUUAUGCAAGUUUAUUUCAAAUUUUUAGCUUAGUUUGGCUCAGGUAUUUCUUUUUAAAGCACAUAUAAUUUUUCACUACAGGGUCUUGCACAGUGUUUUUUGCAUGUUUUGGAAUUUGUUAUUAACACCAUUUUUCUCCUGAAUUUAAAUAUCUUAUAUUCCUAUUUAAGAAUUGUGUGUUUUCUGUGCCAUUUUGUCAGUGGUAAUAACUUUGCCUGAUAUUUUAGCACAUCGCAGUCAGGGAACUGUUCCCACUUCUUUUAGAUUACUUUUCAGGAGUCUUCACAGCCUUGUGGACAAAAGUCAUUUAAGAGUUUUUCAUCUUUAGAGUUUGUAGUAUUGUUGUUGACAACAAUAUAAUUGAAUCCUUGCCCAUGCCUAUGCCUAUGCCUGUGCAUUGUAUAUAUUAUCUAAAAUCUGGACAGACUUGGGUCUAAACUGGAGAUACUCAAUAAAUAUCUUGUCUUUUUCUCCCAGUGGGCUCUUCGUGAGGAAACUUAGGUAUGAGAAGCAGCCCUUACAUUGAAGGUAUUCAGCUCAGAACUCUUGACAUCUAAUCAAUCUUCUUUACAGAUGCUUUGCCUAAGACAAACUGGAAAUCUAAGACAUCACAGAAGAGCACUUUAUAGCACACUAGUGCCAUCUGAUGGUAAGCUUUCUUAUCAGUUACUGUUCUCAUAUCAAGUGAUGACAUCGUUCACAGUGUCUGGGUGCAUGCAUAUCCAAGAAUUACUCUGUUUUUAUUCUGGACGAUUGAAAGUCUUCAAAAUUUUAGGUCAACAUAUAUCCCUCCAGUGCUUCGGACUUCUUAGUGUUUUGCCCACCCCACCCCAAAUCAUAUAAUAGUAUCCUCCUCGUGUGUCAUGAGAUGCUCGUGUAUUUUGAACUCCUAGGAAUAGUGAAUGGUGCUGCAUUUGCUGAUCUUGGCGCAGGUGUGGCAGAGAUCAGUAGUGUUGGGGCUUGAUAGUUAACAAGUCUCACAGGUUCUUUAAAUCCUGGGUCUCUUUGGAGCCCAUUGCACCCCAAGCAGAAGCACUAAAUUCUGCAUGAAUUCUGGCGGGGAGGGGGGGGUGCAGGAUUUCAGUAGCAUAUUCCUCCUUUAAACUCUGUAUGGCCUGUACUGCAGAGAGUGCCUUUCCUUCAACCACUUUCAGUUCUUCAUAUCCUGUAAUGUAGAUAUACAGGAUUCUGGAGUGAGGCCUUCUAUCAUAUCAUAUACACUUAGUAGCUAACCAUUCCACUUUUGGACCUUCUAUUUAAUAUGUACGUAUUUGUUUAGUUUUUAUCACAUCCUUUCUUCAAGAUCUUCAGUGCAGAGUAUAUGUGGCAGCAUAUAGUCGGGUGUGACAUGUCUUUGUUUUCCCCAAGCUUUUCAAUAUGUGCUUGUAAGUUACUCUGUUGUCAUUUUUUUUUAAAAAAAAGUUUAAGUGAUAAAUCAAUUAAAAUGCCCUUUUCUCCCACAGAAGUAACUGUACAUUAUAAACAUGGAUUGCCUGCGAUAACUCUGACAUUACCCUCAAGAAAGGAACGCUGCCAGUUUACAGUCAAGCCGAUGCUGAUGACUGUGGGAGCCUUCUUGCAGGACAUACAGAGAGAGGAUAAUGCCAUUGAAAAGGUAGAAGUCUUCACAGCAGGUACUAACACCACUGUCACCUUGAAAGUAAAGGACAUUCUGUUCCAGCUCCUUUACAUGCAAAGCAGACUUUGACUUUUGGAAAUUUUUGUUAACUGUACUACUUUGGGGGUGUGGAGGUUUCCCCUUCAAUGAGAUGUCUAGCACAAGAGUGGGCAGAAAGUAAACUGGUAGAUCUCUGUGGCUGAUCUCCAGUAGUUCCAUAAAGAUUUCUGAUGCUCAGUUGCUUAACAGUUUUUGUUGUUUGUUGUUUAGUCGUGUCCGACUCUUCGUGACCCCAUGGACCAGAGCACGCCAGGCACUCCUGUCUUCCACUGCCUCCUGCAGUUUGGUCAAACUCAUGUUGGUAGCUUUGAGAACACUGUCCAACCAUCUCAUCCUCUGUCGUCCCCUUCUCCUUGUGCCCUCAAUCUUUCCCAACAUCAGGGUCUUUUCCAGGGAGUCUUCUCUUCUCAUGAGGUGGCCAAAGUAUUGGAGCCUCAGCUUCAGGAUCUGUCCUUCCAGUGAGCACUCAGGGCUGAUUUCCUUAAGAAUGGAUAGGUUUUGUCUUCUUGCAGUUAAUGGGACUCUCAAGAGUCUCCUCCAGUACCAUAAUUCAAAAGCAUCCAUUCUUCAGUGAUCAGCCUUCUUUAUGGUCCAGCUCUCACUUCCAUACAUCACUACUGGGAAAACCAUAGCUUUAACUAUAUGGACCUUUGUUGGAAAGAUGAUGUCUCUGCUUUUUAAGAUGCUGUCUAGGUUUGCCAUUGCUUUUCUCCCAAGAAGCAGGCGUCUUUUAAUUUUGUGACUUCUGUCACCAUCUGCAGUGAUCAUGGAACCCAAGAAAGUAAAAUCUCUCACUGCCUCCAUUACUUCCCCUUCUAUUUGCCAGGAGGUGAUGGGACCAGUGGCCAUGAUCUUAGUUUUUUUGAUGUUGAGCUUCAGGCAUAUUUUGUGCUCUCCUCUUUCACCCUCAUUAGAAGGUUCUUUAAUUCCUCCUCACUUUCUGCCAUCAAGGUUGUGUCAUCUGCAUAUCUGAGGUUGUUGAUGUUUCUUCCGGCAAUCUUAAUUCUGGCUUGGGAUUCAUCCAGCCCAGCCUUUCGCUUGAUGAAUUCUGCAUAUAAGUUAAAUAAGCAGGGAGACAAUAUACAAUCUUGUCGUACUCCUUUCCCAAUUUUGAACCAAUCAAUUGUUCCAUAUCCAGUUCUAACUGUAGCUUCAUGUCCCACAUAGAGAUUUCUCAGGAGACAGAUGCUGUUGCUUAACAAUAGCAACAGCAAAAUGUCUUUUCCCACCUAUUUUAGGCUUCUGAGAUUAAGAUAGCUAGGCAGGAGUGGACCUCUGUUUGAAAGGAAGAAUAUGAGUUCAGUUCAGUUCUUGGACUGAAAACAAAUUGUGAGGCUCAGAAUUUGCUCAAAGGCCCCCUGGUGUUUAAUUCUGACUCUUAAUGUCUUUUGCACCUGGCUCUGAUUGGUACAUCUUGAGGUUCCAGGGGGGGGAAAGGAAAGCUCAAACAAGGCUGAAGUCUGAACAAUCUUGGGCUAGCAAUAACCAGGACUAGCAUCAGGGAUUGGCAUUGUUGGGCUCCUGCCAACAUCUCAACAGAGGAUGUGAUUUCGUCUCCAGAAAACAAAUCAUAGUUAGUUCGUUUGGGCUGUGUUGAGACAUUAAAAACCCCCACACAUUGGCUAAACAAACCAUCACUUGGUGUUAUAUGCAAACCAGGCAAGAUGUUGAUGGUUGACUUUUAUCUCUUUUAAUGAUGUCACUAAUUGAAGCCUCUUCAUUUUUUGGAUAGGUAUUACUAACUUUUUUAAUGAAUGAAUAUAGCCAAUCAUACUAUUAGUUCUAUUACAAUUACUCACUUUUUAAAAAGUUGUCAUAGAUGUAACCAAAUGGGAGAAAAUUCUUGGCUUGUUGCCUGGAAUCAUAGAACUGAAAACCUUAUUAUGCUGAUGGUCAGAUCAAUAACAUACUUUAGUAAUAUCCUUGUCAGCAAUCUAUAACUGAAGAGAUUAUCAGACUUCUGAUGUUAUCAUUCCCAAAACACUUGCAGCGUUUCCAUUCUGCAUCUUUGCAUAAGCUGAGAUAACCACCAACCAGACUUCACUCUAUGCAACAUUAAAUAGAAAAUUAUCUUGCAGACGACAGUUACAGUUAAGAAAUGUACUAUAGAGACUCCAGUAUUUGUUCUCCUCUAUCUUUUAAUCUCUAGGGCGAUGUGAAUUUACCAUUGCAACAAGUGCAAAAGAGUCUGUGUGCAGUGCUUUCAGAGAAAUAUUUCCUUUUAAAGAUACCACCCCUCCUGGAUUUCUUUCCCCAAACCUAAAUUAUGUUUAUAUGAGAAUACUGAAUCUCACUUGCACUUAACAUUUCUUAAAUCGGCAUUUUUGUGUUGUUGCAUUUUUUAUUUAUUUGUAGAAUGCCUGGUAGCCGACCCAUAAAAGUUAAUAGCAAAACAAAGCAGCGAGAAUAAUAUUUCAUAUAAAUAUUUAAUGUUUCCCCGCCCUUCCCUCCUUUGAUAAAUUAUACUGGGCCAGAUUGCAUCCCCAAAAGAGCGGGUGGAGAAGAAAGCUGCUGUACGUGGUUCAUUGCUACUGUAAUCAGAAGCCCAGCAUGAGCCCAGAUGACAGAAUUCCAGUUAGGAUAUGCCAGUAUGCCUUUGCUAACAGCACAUUACUUUGAGUCAGAGAUAAGACAGAGAAGCAGGCCAUGUUCCAAGCUAGUAGUAAUAUGUUUUAUCAGAGCCUCUUGUUGUGCUAGCUUUAAAGAAACAUUAGUGCACUGACGUUGCACCUUUUGGAUGAAUGACCAGCUCAGUGCUAGAACACAUGCUUUGAAUGUAGAAGGUCCCCCAGUUCCAUCUGGCAUCUUUGGUAGGGUCCUUCACUAUGCUCUUUUCAGCACCUGGUUUAAAACAUCUUUAUUUUAGGCCAUCCAGACAUGUAGAAGUUACAAGCCAAAAGGUUUUAAUAUAUCUGCUUUUAUCAAUAAUUUUAAUGUUUUAUUUUAUAUUCUUUAAACUGCUUGGAGGUUUCCUUACAAUCAAGGGGUAUAUCAAUAUUGUUAAAGAAAAUAAAUCUCUGUUUAAAGCAGUCUGAUAGCGAGAAGGAUCUAUGACGGAAAGCCACUUGCCAUAACCUGCAAAUGACAGGAUGACAGCAAAUUAUGGUAAACAGCUCUGACCAUGUGGUGCACAGGAAGAGGGAAGCAGGGAGAGUGUGCAGGCAAUCACUACACUGUUCCUUGGUUUGAUAAAACCAUAGGAAGCUGACUUAUUCUACUGAGUCAAACCAUUGAUCUAUCUUUAUCAGUAUUGUCUAUGCUUAUUGGCAGUGGCUUUCCAGAGUUUCAGGCAAGAGUCUCUCAGCUGUACCUGACGAUGCCAGAGUUUGAACCUGGGACCAAUGGGAGCCGAAAUACAUGCUCUGCCAUUGAGGUAUAGCUCUUCCCGAACCCUGGCCACAUUGGUCAGGAGCCCCAAAGCAAAAUGCUGCUCCCAAAAGUAUUACAUUGGGAAGAAGAUAGGCUUUUCUUAGAGUAUGUGUUCGGAAUUAAUCCAUAUGUGGGUGGAUACAGUGGCUCUAAUCUAGAUGCGAGCACAUAGGUGGUGAUUCUUGGCUUACUAACUUUCAGAAUCUUCGGACCAAAGUGUAGAUCACACUAAUGGUGUGCAUGGAUGCAUGGUAGCUUCUCUUGUUUUUUCCAGGUAAAUGGCAGGAUUGGAAAAGUAGAUUUUGGGAAGCAGGGUUAACCCUUUCUCUCCAUGCUGUGAUUUCAGUGACGAUUGCAACCAUCUUCCUCCUAGAUUAGUCCUGGGAGGAAAGCUUCCAUUGCCUUGGUGUCAUGUCACGUUUUGAGUUUCACUAGAUCUGACAAGAAACAGGAAGUGACAAAACAUGGGCCUAGCAUAGAAACCACCUAACUCAGUAAUUGUUGCUGUAGUAAUCCUUGCCUGUAUUGAACUUCAUUAUCUGUGAUCAACACAGUACUGGUGCUUCAUUACUUAAUGAAGCAUUUUAUUGCUAGUAUUGAGGUAUUUGCUUUCUCCCUACAGAUGGCAGCAUGAUUUCUUCUUCAACGUUGAUGGAGGUUCUUUUGAUGAAUGAUUUCAAACUUGUCAUCAAUGGUGCAGAAUACAGUGUUCAUCCUCCACUGAAAGGUACACAAUUCCAUGACCAACGUGAAAUCAUCUGGAGACAUAUUUAAUAUAUUUAAAAUCCAUUCCUUCAAAAAUAGAAGCUUCAUGUUUGCUCAGAAGUUAGCCCCAUUGAGUUCAGUGGGACUUACUCCCAGGUAACUGUGAAUAGGAAGAUUGCAACCUUAAAUCACAAGCAGUCAAAACUGACUUUUUGUUCCGUGCUUUAAAUGACUGGGAUGAUAGAGCUGUUCCUUCCUUUUGCAAACCCCCAACCUUAAUUUAAAUUCUGUCUCUUGAAAUAAAUGGUGCCUAUUGAAAUGCAUGCAAGUGUUCUUGUUCUUGCAUAGCCCUGAUUCAUUUGCAUUAUUGUGAGCUUGAAUAAGAGGUGAAGUGGGAGAAAAAGAAAUAGCAGGAAAUGCUUGGCAGCUCAAGGCAGCCUGCAGGAGAAAAUACAGUGUCCCUGCAAUUUAUGCUCACUUUACAUAGAUCGCAACCUUAUGCAAGGUGUGUGUGUGGGGGAGAGUAAAUAAAGGCGAUGUGAAGAGUUGCUUACCAGUCUCUGGGAGCAUCCCAGGGGCCUAACAUCCAGUGGCGUAGCUGGAGGCAUAUAAUUUGGAUAAAAAACUUGGCUUCCAGGUGGAAAAAUCAAAAUUGGAAACAGAAUUGUUAGACCCCAAAAUUAAGAAUUUAUCAAGAAUGUAUAACUUGCUGUUGAAAUGGAACACUCAGGAUGAAACGGUGAAAUCAGCUAUGAUUAAAUGGGCACAAGAUGUUGGACACAACAUCAUGAUGGCUGACUGGGAACAGUUAUGGACCACAGGUAUGAAGUUUACGGCAUGUAAUGCCUUAAGAGAGAAUUUAAUGAAAAUGAUUUAUAGGUGGUACGUGACACCAGUCAAGCUUGCAAAAAUUUACCAUCUGCCUGAUAAUAAAUGUUGGAAAUGUAAUGAGACUGAAGGUACAUUCUUUCACCUUUGGUGGACGUGCCCAAGGAUUAAGACAUUCUGGGAGAUGAUCUAUAAUGAAAUGAAAAAGGUAUUUAAAUAUACCUUCCUGAAGAAACCAGAGGCCUUUCUCCUGGGCAUGGUUGGCCAAUUGGUGAUGAAGAAGGAUAGAACUUUCUUUAUGUAUGCUACAACAGCAGCAAGAAUACUUAUCGCAAAGUAUUGGAAGACACAAGAUUUACCCACCCGGGAAGAAUGGCAGGUUAAGCUGAUGGACUACAUGGAACUGGCGGAAAUGACUGGCAGAAUCCGAGACCAGGGAGAAGAGUCGGUGGAAGAAGAUUGGAAAAAAUUUAAAGACUAUUUACAGAAACACUGUAAAAUUAAUGAAUGUUAGAAGGAUGCUGGAAUGAAGUUAUAUGGCUUUAGCAGAAAUGUUAUAAAGAAUUAAGUAAAAAUAGACUGUUAAUGGGUUAAAGGGGGGAAAAAACAAGGUUAGAUUGUGUUAAGAUAAAUUAUAGGACAAAACUGAGAAAGAUGGAAAGGAUUUGCUGAAAUAGCUAACUGAACUAGAAUACAAAAAAGGGAGGUGUGAGGAGGUCGUCGAAACAAGUAAAUGAAAGACAAGAUAUGGAAAUAUGGGAUGUGUUUUUAAUUGAUUCUGUUUUUGUUCUUGUUUUUGUUUUGUUAAGAUAAGCAGUGUUUUUUGUUUUUUAUGUAUUGUAUUGUAUUGCUUUGUUUAACUCUUUUUUUCUUUUUGUAACUUUUAAACUCUUAAUAAACAUUAUUUUUAAAAAAUAACAUCCAGUGGCGUAGCGUGGAGGGUGCAGGGGGGGCCGGCUGCACCGGGCGCAGCAUCUGGGGGCUAGGGUUAGGGGGCGCAAAUCCACGGGUUAGGGGGCACAAAUUACUUGCCCCGGGUGCUGACAACCCACGCUACGCCACUGCUAACAUCUCCUUCCCAGAGACCAGUAAACAGCCCUCUGUUCAUAGCGCAUGGGGUUCCUGACUUUGGUGAUUUUGCCUUUGCACAGAGACUCCCGGAAUCAAACCCUCAUGUAAGUGGCGGGUCCAUUGUACCUGCCCAUUGGCCAUAUCCCUGAAAAGGUAUGGAAUUUCAGGCCUCCCCAAAGCUGCGCUGGUAUAGUGGUUCCAGUUUCUUUCUUUCUUUCAGAUCAAAUGAGCACAGAACAUAAACUGGAGAUGGAUGACAUCAAGUCUAUGGUCCACAAGUUGUUUACAGCACUUCAUUUAGAAGAUCACCAGACAAGGAGGGAGAGGGAAUUAAUGCAAAAAAUGGAACUUCUGAAAGAAGAACUGCUGCCUCUGGAGCAGGUCCGGAAAAAUAUUUUUUCAUACAUUUCAUAUUGUGGAAAUCUAUUUUGAGUUUAGCAGGUGAAGUCUAUGAAAUGUGUGGCAGAUUUUCCCACUUCUGCACCCAUUUUUGACUGGUUCCAGAGACUUGAUUUUUGUUACCCCAGUUCAACACAAUUUAACUUAUCAAAAUGGGAAUACAAGGCAUCUUUCUGUUUUUGUAACAUCCUUCAGAGACAGGUCAGAUCUGCAUACUGAACUGGUAUAUUUCUACUCCCCAUUCCCUAUAUUGAACCACUAGGUUUAUGUCUCCUGUUAUAAAAAUAAAACUUUGAAUUGGCUCAACUUAAUUAAUCCACCUUUAUAGAUAAGUAAAGCAAGUUGUAUUCACAGCGAAUGCUAUUUUUAACAUUGAAACUCUCUUAGUAUGCUCAGAUGUGAAUCAAACACAUUCUUGUAUAACUUAGGUAUUGAUGUCUAUGUAACUUCUUUCCAGAUACACUUUUUAAAAACAGCAGUAGUUUGUAUUUGAUGUAGUUAUUUUAGAUGUUUUGCUUUGAUGAUAGUAAACUGUAUUCAAUGAUUGCAAAUUAAAAUCAUUGCAGAAGAUGCAGUGUAUGUAUUUUGGACAGACAUAUGACUUAAUCAGUUUCUUUCAUGGAUAGUUUGUGAAAUGGAGUCUCUUUUUCUUUGAUAAUUGAGAAAGGAUAGCAAAAAAUAUCUCCUUUAAAGCAAAAAUUGAGUGUAAAUCUCCCUUCUUUGAAGCUUCUCUUGGUCUUUCAUUUGGGGGGCCCAUUUCACCUUUUGUUUGCUGCCCAAUUCUAGCCUUGCUGAUUAAAGUAAUUAUGAUUUAAUUAGGGUUUCUCAGCUCUGCAUCAGUAAUGGUAUUUUAUAAGGGUUUUAUGCUAUUGCUCUUAUUUAUCUUGUUCUCUGUAUUGCUUGCUUAAGUUCUAUUAAGUAAAUGAAAUGUUUCUGCUAUACUCCUGAAAACUUCUCCUUGAACACUAGAUUUUUCUGUGUGAUAAUACUAAGGAGACUAAUCCGUCUCCCCCUGAAUGUCAUAGUUGUUAAUGAAAAACUAUGGGUAUAGGGCUAUAUACAAAUUUAAAUAACAACAACUUAAUUGUCAGACUCAACUUCUACUGCAUAGAAAUCAGGCUUAGAUACAUCCUCUGAACAAAGCAAAAUGGUCACACCUGCUUUAUGAAUAAGAAAGUAGAACAUGCUUGCAGGAUCAGACCAAGGUCUACAAAAUCCAACAUUCUUCUCCAAAAGUAGUUAAUUAGAAGAGUAGUCAAGACCAUCUAAAAGACUAAGGAAGAAGGACAGUGCUUACUGUUAAAUGGCUUCCUUGAAAACAGUUGAAUUGUUGUUGGCACCCAUCUGUUUUGGAGGACAAUGGAGGAGUGCACCUUUAUGAGUGAAGUCAAACUAUUGGAAGGUUGCAGCACCUGCUAUGGCUGUAGAGAGUGAUGCAGGAGAAACAUGUUUUGUCUCUAUGGGAAAGGCUGGCUGAAGUCAUCAUUUGAGACUUCUCUGCACUCCACACAGGGAAAUAUUUUAAUUUAUUUAAUAAUGCACUUUUGAAUACAAGGUAAUCUGUGGGAGUGGGUGGGGCAUGCUUGAACAAUGGUGUCUCUUCGGUCUUAACAUCGGUUCUCUCUUCCUAGCUUAAAGCUGGAAUUACUUCAGAUGUCGAUGCUAAGACUUCUCGGCUUCUAUGGAUUGGCUUAGCCUUAAUGUCAACUCAAGGUGGAGCCUUGGCAUGGCUUACCUGGUGGGUCUAUUCAUGGGAUAUCAUGGAGCCUGUUACUUACUUUAUCACCUAUGGAACUACCAUGGCAUUCUAUGCUUACUUUGUGCUUACUAAACAGGUGAGUCUCAGUAAAUUUGGAGCUGUAAUGUUAGUGGAAUCUACAAAGUUAUCAUAGUGAGAGUCUGCAAGUACAUAUCUGUGAAUCUUCUAAAGUAUCCUAACAAGGAGGCCUAGGAUUUCGUUAGGUUGUAAAAUGUCCAUAGACCAAGGUUGGCUAACCUGCAGCCCUCCGCUUCAUUGGAUUCCAUGUCCCAUCAACUCCAGCUGGCAUGGCAAAUGGACAAGGGAUUGUGGGAGUUAGGGUCCUUCAGCUUCUGGAGGGCCACAGAUUCUCAGGUGGGCACAAGUGCACCACCAGGUAGGUGUUGUUAUGCACCACUCACUUGAAGAAGGUGAAAAACUUCACCCAUUUGACUAGAUGCUGGCUCAUCCCUUUCCUUUGGGGGGCAGUUUGUUUUCUGCCUUCACUUGAACUAGACCUAUUUUGGAAUAGACUGUCCUAUUGUUCUGCUCUCCACGGGGUUCAUAUAAUUUUGUGGAGGCUGGUCAUUGGAUCUAUAAAGCUUCUAUGCCUGGGGCUACAUGCCUGAAGGGUCACCUUCUGUCCUUCAACAUAUCCAUAAUCAACCAAGAGUACUUGCCUAAAUGUGAAAUGCAUGCAUCUCAUCCAUACCAUAUUGAGUGCUUUUUUUCCCAGUGGCUGAUUCACUCUGUCACCUUGGAAGAGUCAUUAAUGUCUUGGGACUUUGAAUCAAUCAUCUAUAAAGGCUAAAAUUAGUUAUAUGAAAGAGUCACAGUGAGGUGGCUUCACAUUUCAGUCUUCAUAUGAAAGUGGCCUUGUAAGAAUAAUCCCAUGUGAUAAACAGCACGUUGCCACAUGCUGAAAAUUACUCAGAUUUGUAACGUGCAUUUCAUUGUGAUUUUUUUCUACCUCAAAAGCUAUCGUGAAAAUGAGCCCUUAACAUUUUUUAGAUCUUUCUGUUUACUGAGUUGAUGGAACUAUGCUACAUUGUAUGUUUGGUUCUUUUUUACUUUUUUAAAGGGGAAAAUGGGCUUGAAAUCUAAAUUGAUUUUUUUUUAAAAGCACUUUAUCCACAUUUAAUGACUGCAGCUGCAGUAAAAUGGACAGCUCUGCAAUUGUGAUCUCCUGGUUGAAAAUUUCAGAGUACUCCCUUAUAUAUUGUUUUAUUUCGCAGGAUUAUAUUUACCCAGAUGCUCGGGACAGGCAAUUUCUCCACUACUUUCACCAGAAAUCCAAAAGCCAGAACUUCGAUGUGGAUCAGUAUAACAAAUUGAAAAAUGAUCUUGCAGAGGUUAGUUGCAUAACUUGCUCUGAGUCAAUAUACUUAAAUUUUGUCCUGUAACAUAAAAGUGGCUCCAAAAAUGUUUUGAAAUCCCAACAUUGGCCCCCACUUCUGCAGCUGGCACAUUGCAGGGAGUAACGCUGUAGUCUGUUGCUAAACAACAUGCAUAGAAAGCACACUCUUGUAGCCGUAGACAGGCUUCCUUUUUGAAAAGUGGGUUUAAAAUGCAUAUUGACAGCCACUUGACAGGUGAGGAAGAAAAGUAAUAAUCUUACUUUGGAGGAAAUGGGUACAGCUUCCCUUUCCAUCUGCUGCAGCAGCUGUGAUUAGUGUCAAGGAGAUGUGAAAUGGAAAACUCUCCAGCUCCAAAGUAAACAAACCCUUAUCUCCCUUGCUGUCUCCAAAAGCUAAUGGAAUGCUUCCCAGCUACUUCAGUAGGCUUUAAAACAAAAAUGAAUAGUGUUGACCUUGCCAGGCCAGCUCUGCUCAAACCUUCCAAGUCCAUAGAGAAUUGUUUGGAUUAGGGACUUCAGUGCUACUCCUCGAUGACAAGUUACAAUACACCAGCUGCAAAAGAGAGCGCCAAAUCAUAGGCCUGCCCACCUUCUAUAUCCCCUCUCAGAACUGGUGAGACAUUGCCAUAGUCACCAGGUGCAGAAGAUGACCCUGGCAGAGUGUUGUGAUUUGCAGCUGCUGCCAGCGGCUGCUGCUUUCACUGGAUUUGCCAGCCAGGAAGAGGAUUCUGCCAUCCUAGAUGGCACAUUAACUUGCUUACGUGAUUGCCAGGAGCUCACUGUCAAUAUAGCACAACACAGUUACAAAGCCAAUAGCUUCCCUUGCUAUUCUCAGUGCUUCUUUGUCCAGUGGCCCUGUUGGCAUCUUUCCCUCCCUGUCACUGCCUCUGCUUACCCUUCAGAUUUCAGGCAUCCCUGGAAACGUGUUGCAACUCAUGGGAGUCCCAGGCUCCAGAUCUUUGGGGGUUGACCUGUAGCAAUUUGUAAGCUGAGGUACAGGUUUUGUGUUGGAAGACAUCCCCAUUAAACUACUGUUUGAUGAUUAAAUAAAUUCUAACACUGGUUGCUCAGUGGAAGAAUGCUCAUGCUGUUAUACUUUAGUAUAUAUAUUUACACUAAGUAGAUUUCUUUAUUGCAUUUAUAUCCUGCACUUUGCCCAAUGGUACUGAAGAAGGGAGUGCCCAUAAAAGUCCCUGUUGAAAUGUCAGGCUGUACGAUGGCCAAACCAGCUUCCUGAUUUUAGUUAACUGAACCAUACUUAAUUCUAAUCAGAGGUGGGAGGGAUCACACGAACCUGCAGGGUGCUCUUAGUUGUUAAACCAUGUAACUAUGCAGCGUGAUGUUUGAGAUGUAUAUUCCAUUUGUUCCACACAACAAUCUGUGAGAGGAGUGAUCGGCUCAUGGUGGACAUCUGGAUUUGAAAUGUGGAAAUCAGUCUUCUUUGCCACCAUUGUGUCUGCUCAGUGUCACAGAGCUAAGCUUGCACAGGUGGUGAAAGGCCUGUUACAAUCUGGCCAAAGCAGGGGAAGUGAUAGAACCAUUGAUGCCUGCUGUGAGCAUCAUGCAAGACCUUUUGCAGCUAAAUCUCCUUGCAUCAGUUCUGAUUUGGAUUCCAGUUUUUGAAAUGAGAUCAGAGAAAUGGACAGACUCCUUGAAGAAAUGAAACCAACUGCAUAUAUGCAGCUAGACCCUGGCCCUUCUUGUGCCCUUAACGUGGCAAGUUUAGGUAUAUCCAGUUGGGUCCCAGAGGUAAUCAGUGCCUUCCUUCAAAACUCUGGGAAGCAUUCCCUCUAUUAAAAAGGCUUUAAAAUUACCCUUGACCCUGAUGAAGCUAAAAACUGUCACCAUGCAUCCAGUCUAUUGUAUCUUAAUGUGGUAAAUUCAUGAUUGCUCAUUAGCAGCAGGGUUUCCUAAAUGACAGUGAUUACUUGGAUCAGUUCCCAUCUGGUUUUAGAGCAAAGGAGCAAAUACCCUGAUGCUAAGUGAUUUGGCAGUUUUUUCCUUCCACUUUCCUUUAAGAAGAAUCUCCACUGCUUUAAAUGUUGGACAUGGCUUUGAAGCUGGUCUUAUCAUCCUUAAAAGCAGGGCUGGGGAACCCUUUUCAUUCCCUUCUGGCCAACCUUCAGAUGAGGUGUGGACAGGCACGUGCCAGUGGUGGUUGGUGGUCAGAGCUAGAGGCCAAAGUGGGAAGAACUUUUUACCUUGGUGCUGUGGGCUAGUUUCUACAUAUGCUCGCACAUUCGCUUUCUUCCAGGCAAGCAGGAGGCACAGAGGUCAAAGAUUCAUUCUAGCCAAGCAAAAACAGUGUGGCCUGGGAUAGAGUCCUGAGGGCCAGAUAAACAAGCCUAGAGGGCCAUGUUUGGCCUUCAGCUUUAGGUCUCCCACUCCUGCUUAAGAUACUAGUCCUCUGCUUGCUCACCAGGCUCUGCAACCUAAGCUAGCCUGUUACUUCUUUAUGGAGUGACUACCCCUAAAAUUGUCCCAGCGAUACCUGCCACUCAUUCAUUCAUAUACAAGUGUAUGUGUGCACACACUUGAUAUUCCUCUUAUUACGGCCUACUGCCCUUUGUCCAUCGUUUCGAAUGGUUGUAGACACAAUGAAUUUCCUUCCUUGGAAUUAAGUGGCAGUUAACUUGGGGAAACAGUUUGGAUGUUAAAGUUUGCCAUAGCUUACUAAUGCAAAUGCAUGCUGAGAUUUAAAAAUUCAGGAACCCCACAUGUAAAUAACCACAGGGUUCCUGCAACGAGAGCAGAUUUCCUCCAUGCAUGUGAUAUAUAAAAAGUUCCUCUAGAAGCCAACAAUUGGUGUACCUUUUAUGCUGAUGCAGUUAAUCUAUCCAGUUCCUUAGGCCUAGAUGGGGAAUCUGUGUUCCUCCAGUUGUCGUCAGACUCCCAAUUCAGAGAUGGUGUUUCAGUCCAGAAAUUACUAGAGCCCACAGGUUUCCCACCUCUGCCUUAAACUCAAGGUUAUAUAAAUGUAUACAACUACUAACCUAAGGGCAGAAUUAUAUGUUACAGCAAGCACUCAAGUGCUGGAAGGCAACAUGCAGUGAAUAACUGGUGGGAGUUAAUAGAACCAGUUCCUGCUUUAUUCCUCUCUACCUAUGCCCCAAGGUUGUUUUUCCUUCAACUAAACAAAUUUCUAAUCUUAGAGUUAGGGGAGGUGGAAAACAUUGCAGAGAUUUUUGGAGGGAGAGGAAGAGUUGGACCACAUGAAAAAUAAAGGCUUUUCAGUGGUAUCUGUGGAAUGGUGUCCUUGAGGAGAUGCACCUGGCUUUGUCCUUGUCAGCAUUUAGGCGCCUGGCCAAGACCGUUUUUGUUUAUUCAGGCCAUUGGUAAUUAAGUUGCCUCCUAAGGUCUUGUCAUCCUUAUUGGGUGAGCAUUUUGUAAUGCUUUUUCUGCUUUUGAUUUGCUUUUAUUUGUUGUAGUUUCCCUCUGAGGAACCCCUUCUUUGCCUUGUAACAUGACUGAAUGCCAACAGCCAUCCAGAUGGCAUUAACUAGGCAUCAGAAAGAUUCUGAAGGGUUUCACACCUGCAAGCUCACCAGUUUAUAUUUCUCUCUUCUCACUGCUAGGUGGAAGAAUCCUUGAGGCGGCUGAAGAAUCCCUUACAAUUGCGUCUUCCUAUCGAAGAAAUAAAUGACAAACAUUAAUUUUUUUGAUAAUUAUUAGCCUUGUUGAAUUGCCUCAUAAGAUUUGAAACUGGAGUAUUCUGGACUAACGUAGUCCUUCUGUUUUUGAAGGGGUUUGGGGGUGAAGAAAUCUACAAGGAACAGCUAAAACUGUUUCUGAUAACCGAGAUUUCUUUUUCAUGUUUUACAAAGAAAUUCAGACUCCCCAUGUAUAUAGUUUGUUUCUUAAUACUGUUCACAAUAAAAAAAACAUGUAGCAGCUACUAUUGAAUUAAUAAUGUAUACUUGAUUGAAAGAAGAGACAAAAAUGAUUUUUAAAAUUUUUAUUUUAAUCUGGUACCCUUCAAUUUGAAUGUAACUUUAUAAUAAGGUAAAUAAAAAAUGCAUUGCUGUUUUGUGCUUAUUUUAUUUUCUGAGUUAAGAUAUGUUCUGCAAAAAAUUUUUAAAAAGCACCUCCUAAGUUUUCAGAAAUCCUCACAUGCACAAAUAGUUUCAGAGUCUGUGGCUUUUUAUAAACAUAUAAAGUUUCUUGUUACAUUUAAGAUGCAAAGUCCACGGGGCACAACUCACCUGUACAAACAGCACCACCCCCAACGUCAGGGAGCAAGAUAGUACAGGUCCUAGCACCUAUAGAACAACGGAUAAUGGCCUGCAAUAGGUCAAGCUACUUAAUAAUAAUUUUGAACUAUAAAUGGGAUGCCUGGAACUCUUUUGACCGUACCAGCCAGUUACACCAGUCAGUGGCAGUUGCACAACUGAGUUUGACAGUGUUCAGAUGGUAUUUGCCAGGCUAAAGUAUGGGGAUGAGGUCAGAUAAUGGAAAUGAUCCCUACAAAAGCAUUAUUGUAUGGGGGCGGGAAAGAGAGAGUACAAAAUCUAAAGUUUCAAAAUGAAGCUUGCAAACUCAUGCACUUGAAAAUAGUUAAGUCUGAUUAACUGCUUCUUUCUUGCUCAAAUGUAAAAAGAUUGACUUAUUUUCCAAAAUUCUCUGAGGUUCGGUAAGUAUAAUGUUGAUUUCUAAUCCAAU